AUGAAAAUCAUGUUCGGAACUGACAGUGUCGGGAAUGACACCAAAAGCAUCAGCAGCACAUUGGCUCAUGAUCACAAGAGAAGAGGCAGGGUAGUGGGGUGAUGCCAUAGUAUUCUCAGGCCUGUGGCUCUGGGGCCAGCGCCAGGUUUUAUCACUAACAUGACAUGCAAAGGCUUAUUUCAAGAAAGAACUGUGUGUGGGAUCAUAGGUUUGUCUGCAAAACACACCCCAACUCUCCAAAGCUCUUUCCCUAUAACCCAAAGGUUUUGAUGUGGAACAGAGCAAGCUGCCUCAGACUUAGUCAGAUCCAAGGAGAGUAUUGUAUACUCUCCAUGCUCUCCAAGGUUUCUGAAAUGGGACACAUUCAGCUCUACUUUGGCAUGCUGGGGACUGAAUCUGGGACCAUCUGCAUGCAAGGACCACUUAGCUGUGGUCCUUCUUCAGAUAGAGAAACACAGGAAGCUGCCUUGUACUGAGUCAGACCAUUGGUCCAUCUAGCUCAGUACUGCUUAUUCUGACUGGCAGCCAUUCUCCAGGGUUUCAGGCUGGGGUCUCUGGCAGUCCUACCUGGAAAUGCCAGGGAUUGGACUUGGGAGCUUUUACAUGCAAAUCAGAUGUUCGACCACUGAGCUGCAACCCUUCCCCUAGUGCUCAGAGGAAACAAUCUGCACAUGCUCAUGUUCAGCCAGCCACAUGAGAGGGCAGAAGCUUGCUCAGAGCCCCACACAAGAUCAUAGAAUUGUAGAGUUGGAAGGGACCAUGUGGGUUAUCUAGUUCAACCCCCUGCAAUGCAGGAAUCAUUUGCCCAACAUGAGGCUCAAACCCACAACCCUUGAGUUAUGCUUUACCAACUGAGCUAUCCCAGCAGUCUAUGAGCUGAGUAUGGAGGAAUAUAAAAGCCCCCUCCUAGGGGCCCGCUCUAGGUCAGCCCCCGCCCCCAGGCACUGUGUCAAUGACUCUCAGAUUCUUUAGUAGAAAAAGCAAAACUGGAAAAGCUUCUCAUAAGGUUGAAAUAACCCUGCUUAGGUUGCCUUUGUGCUGGCUUUCAUUUUAUGGUGAUUUCAUGCACUCUUUUUUCUUUCUUAUUAUGCCCUUUGGUUUAAAAACAAUGUGUCAUGAUAUUUAAAUGAAAGCCAGUGACGGCCCAGAAUCAUGCAACUUAAGUCAAUGGAGGAUGUCGUUUAAUGACUAGAGAGCAAUCCAAUUGCUUUCCUGCUGUGAUGUGCACAUUUAGUGACUACUGCUGUUCUUGGGGGGGGGGGGCACUAUCCCUGCUGCUCAUGACACCUUUUGGUACAUUUUCUCACUAAGACCGAGAUAAAAGUUUGAUUAAAAGUUUAAGUAGUUAUGGUUUGGUUUGGUUUGGUUUUUUUCUAAUGGCUCUUCCUCUGGGUUAGCACAAAGUAGAAAAGGAAGCAAAAUCUUAAAAGGAUUUCCUCCUUGAAAUAUGAACCCCCUUAAGUUUUGGUAGCAGAGCCAAGUCUGUAAAAUGAAAUCAUUUCACUGAGAACAGAUGCAGGGAGAGGAAUUGUAGAAGAGUCACAUCCAUCUGCUGUUGCAGGUGACACAAUCUAGGUGGCCUUGUGUCCUGCUUUACUGAGUACCGUCCUCUAUUUCAAGAGCUGUCAAGCUCAGUCCUAUAUUGGGAAAGGGCUCUUUGGUUCCAGGAAAGAACUCUAAGAAGGGAAACCCAAACCCCUGAAGCUUCCCAUCUGUAAUUAGCACUUGGACAACAGACUGAGCAGGCACUCAGUAGGUCAUCAUGCCAUCCAUACUGGAAAAAGGGCAGUGGGGAGGUGGGGGGGGGGGAGAGAAAACAAUGCAGGCUGGAGUCUCUGCCUACAUGGGCAUCUGUGUUGUAAACACAUCCAACACAUGGAGGAGAGUGCUAUCAAUGGCUACUACCCACAAUGGCUAUCCUCUGCUGCCACAGUUGGAGGAAGCAAUGCUUCUGAGCACCAGUUGCUGGAAACCACAGGAGGGGAGAGUGCUCUUGUGCUCAUCAUUCAGAAAAUCUCUUCUUUCAUUCUCGUGCUUAUCCCUUGCUUUCCCUCUUUGCAAUGUUUCUGUCUCAGAUUCUCCCUUUCUCUCCCCUCUUUCUUUCUCUCCAGUUUGUUGCCCAGCCCAACUGCCAGCAGCUGCUAGCGACGCUUUGGUAUGAUGGUUUUCCCGGAUGGCGGCGAAAGCAUUGGGUGGUCAAGCUCUUGACAUGCAUCACCAUUGGACUGCUGUUUCCCGUGCUUUCUGUGGCCUACCUGAUUGCCCCUAAGAGCAGGCUGGGACUGUUCAUCAAAAAGCCAUUUAUAAAGUUUAUCUGCCACACUGGCUCCUACCUUACCUUUCUCUUCAUGCUCCUACUGGCAUCGCAGCACAUUGUCAGGACUGACCUCCACAUGCAGGGACCUCCUCCAACCAUCGUUGAAUGGAUGAUCCUCCCAUGGGUUCUAGGUAAACUACUGAAUGCAAAAGCAUGUGAGGGUUGAUGGGAUUUGCAUGCAGAUUAAUUUGGUUUGGGGUGCUGUUUCCAUGCAAAUAGGUGUAGCACCUUAAUUUCCAAAUCAGUAGCUGUUGUUUCUUCUGCGGGUGAAAAAUGGUCAAAUAGUCUACUGGAUUUAGCCUCCCCCCCCCCCUGUUUUUGCUACCAGUUUGGGAUAAGGCUGAGGGAAUAAUAUAGGUAUAAUUUUUUCCUUUUCUUUUCCUCAUUUGUCUUAAGACUGUGCUUCUGAUUAGGGUUAGCCAGGUGGUACAAGUGAGUUAAAAUAUUUAUAGGGGCAGCAGUGAAAUGGUGUACAGUACAGUACAGUACAGUACAGUCACAUUCUGCACUGUCACACCUUGGGGAAGCACUGUGACAGAGCACAUGUUUCACAUUCAAGAGGUCCCUGGUCCAUUCCCUCACAGCUAAUAACAGUGGGUAAUGAGUAACAUCUCUGGAAAGCUUCUGCCAGUCAGCCCCACAGCCAAGCUGCCUCCUUGCCUCUCAACUCCAUGCGUCACAAGUUGGCGGCAAUGGCAGCAGCAGCCCGGGAUUGGCUUUGCCUUGCCUCCUCCAGAUACUGUACCUCCGCUCAGGACCCAGACUCCCAACUUCACCGCCUCAGGAGCCCCCAUGCUGAUCCCCAUCUCGCCUCACAAUUUCCCCUGUGACUAUUAUGUGGGAAAUGCCCUGGGACCGAUUUUAGGGUCUGAAAAAGGGGUGUGGUACUAUUACAAGGUGGCAACCAGUAUGCGGUAAAAUACGGUUGAUACAUAUGCACAGGUGCUGUUUCCAAGGGCUGCACCUAGAAAACCAGCUGCCAAGAACAUGAGAGCCAUGCUGGAUUGGCACAGUGGCAUUCUGCUCUCACAGCACCCAUCCAGAUGCCUAAGAGAAGCCUGCAAGCAGACUGUAGGGGGAAAUUUACUCCCCUUUGUCUCAAGCUUUCCCUGUAGGAGAUUUUUUCCUACAGGUGCAUCCUUUGUAAACAGCCCCUCUGCAGAUGGAUGGAGAUCAUCACACUCACUUAAAAUAACUCAUCAUAAUAAUUCUCGCAAAGGUCAAAUAAUGGAACGAUAAUGGAUGUUGUUUUAACUAAAGCUCUCAAAAACAUUUUACUGGGUGAGCUGGAUGAUUCAUGUGGGCAAAGUGGGCUUUUUUGUUUUUCCUUUCCUUCGAAUGGUUUUUUUAAUGUCCACUUCAACCUGUAUGCAGCACUAGUCAAAUGUUAAGAGUGAAAAGCUAAGCUUUCUCAGGUAUGAAGUGCUAGAUGGUGACAUUGUCUCUUUUUGUCCUGCUGUUCUAUAUAAGGGGAUUAGUUUAAUUAGGAUGAGCCUGGCAAAUAAGCAUGCUUCCAUAAACACACAUAUUUCUUCGCCUCUUUCAGGUUAAGCUGCCCUGACCUCAAAGCAGCUGUGGGCAUAUAGGAGAACUCAAGCUAUGAGGAAAACAUAUCCAGUCAUUAGCUCCUGGACUAUUAGCAUCAUGGAUGAUUAGCAAGCUUUCAGCCUAAGAAAGAAUGCUCUCCCAGCAUUAUUAGAAUGUUCCAGCAGCGGCACUUUUAUUUGGUGGACAUAACAGCCAGCCACAUAUAGAUUUCCAGCUUAUUUCAUGCACUUCACAAACCCUUACGCAGGAAGCACAGAGGGUCGCUAGACAUUUUGACAGAUUCAGUCUCCUUGCUGCUACACUAAACUACAUCAGUGAAGAAAAUGUACUGUAGAUUGUGGCUGCAAUUUGAUGUCACUAUAAGCCAUAGUCUGUUAUGACAGGAACAUGCCUAGCCGUACCAUGGCUGCAAAAAUAAGUUAAGAAUGCCUCUACUUUUGCUAUGAAAGAACCUGCCUGUGAUUAAGAGUCAGGCUAUCAGGAGCUUGUGGGCAGGACUAGUAAACAGGGGUGUUUGCAAGGGCAUUUAGUAGCGGAGUUGGAAACGGGAGACCCCCAAGGUCUGCAUCAUGGUGCAAGAGGCAUGAACAAGAGGCAUGAACAGUGAGGGAGCUGCUUCAGUGACCUGCAGCACCUGUGCCGUGUUUGUUUUCUCGCCUGAGCAUGUACGAAGGCACAGAUGAUGCAAGUGUAAGUUGGCUGCCUGAUCAGCUUUACGGGAAGAUACAAGGGGAACAACUAUCUUGAACCUGGUCCUUACCAGUAGGGCAGAACUGGUUUAUGAGGUAGAAGAGUCUGAAACCCAAGCCCUUUGAUGAACAGUUAAGGGAGUUGAGUAUGGAGAGAGGUGAUAUGAUAGGCAUCUUCAACAAGCUAAAGUGCUGCCACAUGGAAGAUGAAGCAAGUUUGUUUUUGGCAGCUCCAGAGGGUAGGACCUGAACCAAUGGAUUCAGAUUACAAAUAGUAGAUUUGGAUUAAACAUUAGGAAGAACUUUCUAAUGUUAAGAGCUGUUCAACCAUGGAAUGGACUGCUUCUGAAGCUGCUAGGAUUUCCUUCCUUGCAGGUUUUAAAACAGAUGUUGGAUGACCAUCUGUCUGGGAUACUUUGGCUGUAAAUCAUGCACUGCAGGGGGCUGAACUAGACCAGGGGUGGCCAACUCCCAAGAGACUGUGAUCUACUAACAGAAUUAAAAACUGGCAGUGAUCUACCCCCUUUUGGGGGGAUCAGGUCAAAGUUGUUGAACUUUUUUUAGGCAGGAGGAAAGCCCCAAUUUUUGAGGAUUCAAGCCUAAGCUCAAGGGAGAAAGGGGAACAGCCACUCAUCAACAGAUUGCUGGGGAAACAAACAGCCUCACUGAGUAAACUCCGUCUUCCGUUCUGCAGAUCGUGCAACAAUGGAGGGCGGGAUGAGGGGGCAGAGCCAGAUUCUUUUUUUACCAGCGCUAAGGAAAGGGACCUAACGAUCAACCAUGAUCUACCAAAACCUCCCAGGGAUCUACCAGUAGAUUGUGAUCGACCUGCUAGACAUCCCUGGACUAGAUGACCCUUAGAGUCCUUCUAAGAGUCAUCUAGUUCAAUGCAUUUGAUGCAUUAUUUUUAAAACAGAGUUUUCCAGCUAAGUUGUAUACAGAGUAGACCCACUGAAAGUAAUGUAUCUAAGUUAGACAUGUCCAUCAAUUUCAGUGGAUCUACUCUGAAAAGGACUGAUGUUGUCUGCUACGCAGAGUAAAAGCAUCACAUCAUCACUCAGAUUUAGUGAUGCAGCCAAUCAAAUAUGUGAUGGCACUACAAAGCCAGUUCAGAGUGAAAACAAAACUUCACUCUGAAUGGGAGAACAUCUUCUCUCUGUGUCAAAGCCACAUCCACACACACAAAUAUCCCUGAAAGGUUAAUUCUCCCAACUGCAAUUGGGGCAGACCUACGGGUUAUUUAGGUUGGCCCCCAUCAAGGGUGCAGGCCCAGUGGGGCACAAAAAUCCUGUCUUUCCACUCUGGAUUGGAGUAGCCAGGAACCUUCCCAUCCAUGCACUCCCUGGGCCACUCCUAUGCUGCUCUGGGCAGCUGGACAAGGUUCACAGGCUCCUCUGGGUGCCUCGGCAGAGAAAUCCAGUUGCUGUUAUGGAACUUUGCAGCAGUCCUGCGGGCCCCUCAGUGGGCCAGUGGCAAUAUUAGAAGUGUGAGCGGAGUGCCCUGUAGGGCUUAGAGCAAAGAAAGACAGAGAGAGCAGGAGGAAGAAAAAGGAAGGGAGGGCGGAAGGAGGCAGAAGGAAAGGACCGAGAAGAGAAGCAGAUGGACUGAUGGAAGAGGAAGAGGAGGGGAGGAGCAGAGGGAGUCAUUGUCAUAAUGUGAAUGGCAACAAAAAGUAAACUCCUUUAGUUUCUUGUCUGUGGUCUCUCCCAGUUUUGGAGGCACCGAUACACCUCCUUGUCAAGGGUGCAAGGGAGCCUAGGUCUGCAUCUGCCUACAGGCAAGCUGAAAUAAUGAAUAAAAAGACAGGUUGAUUUUAAAAAGAAAAAAAAAAAGACAAAUCAUUGCAUUGUAUUCUUACAGCUCAGCUGCACAGCUUCUAAAAACGAAGCUGAGAGUGAUUAUCUGAGUUGAAACACCAGAACAGCGGGAACUAGUCAUUGCAUAAAAGAACGUGCUCACAGCACAUGCCUGCAAGCAGGCUCCUAACUAGGUAGUGUUUCUUAAUGCCCCUCUCUCUGUCUCUGCCUUUGAGUUUAAAUUGUGCAAAACACCUCUGCGGAAAGAAAAGGGAUUACAGGGGAACAAACAAGCAAAGGAUGAAUUGGUUGUAAAUAAAAUGAUGGUGCCUCUUUUGUUUCGGGUGUCUUCGUACUGUUUCAAUCUUGUCUUUAACAUUCGAAAUAAAUUUAAAAAUUGUCAAGUAGCACCUUAGAUCAUGGCCACGAGAGAUUUUACUUCCUUGGGUUCCAUGAUCACUGCAGAUGGUGACAGCAGUCACGAAAUUAAAAGACGCCUGCUUCUUGGGAGAAAAGCAAUGACAAACCUAGACAGCAUCUUAAAAAGCAGAGACAUCACCUUGCCAACAAAAGUCCGUAUAGUUAAAGCUAUGGUUUUCCCAGUAGUGAUGUAUGGAAGUGAGAGCUGGACCAUAAAGAAGGCUGAUCGUUGAAGAAUGGAUGCUUUUGAAUUAUGGUACUGGAGGAGACUCUUGAGAGUCCCAUGGACUGCAAGAAGAUCAAACCUAUCCAUUCUUAAGGAAAUCAGCCCUGAGUGCUCACUGGAAGGACAGAUCCUGAAGCUGAGACUCCAAUACUUUGGUCACCUCAUGAGAAGAGAAGAUUCCCUGGAAAAGACCCUGAUUUUGGGAAAGAUUGAGGGCACAAGGAGAAGGGGACGACAGAGGACGAGAUGGUUGGACAGUGUUCUCGAAGCUACAAACAUGAGUCUGACCAAACUGCGGGAGGCAGUGGAAGACAGGAGUGCCUGGCGUGCUCUGGUCCAUGGGGUCACAAAGAGUCGGACACGACUAAAUGACUAAACAACAACAACAAAGCACCUUAGAGACCAACUAGGUUUGUUCAUGCACACAAAAGCUUAUACCCAGAACAAACUUAGUUGGUCUCUAAGGUGCUACUCGACAAUUUUUUAAUUUAUUUCGACUGUGUCAGACCAACACGGCUGCCUACCUGAAUCUUGCUUUAACAGGUUGUGUUUGUCUCCAAAAAGAAAGAUAUAGUGGGGCUCUUGGUUAAAUUGCGGAGGGAAGGCAUUGUUUCAUAGCAAAAAAAAGUAUUUCCUUCUUUAAAAGGGGGGAGGGGGAGAAAAUAUGAAAUGCCUCCUUCUAAAAAAGGAGGGAGACAAACGGAAAGAACAGUCACGUUCCAUGCAGACGGCAUGGCAGUAACUAUAGUAACAAUUCUAACAAUGAUUACUCGCAGUGAAUGUAACAUAUGGGGUUCUUCAUCAGAAUCCACUCCACUGAUUUGUUUGAACAGGCAAAAGAAAAAGAAGAAGAAGAAGAAGAUUUUGGUAGAAAAAUAAAACAUUCCUUAACCAGUCUCAGCAAGAUGAUGAUACUGAAAUCACAGUUCAAAAGAAACUGAAAGAUAAUAUUUUGUUAAGUUUUCAUGAGGCCAGGAUGCAUCCAAAGAAGUUUCAUUAGUACAAGGAUCUACAUUUGUACAAUGAACCUUCCCACCUCCCUCUGCCCUGCCACACGCUCCUCAGGUCUGUUUUGGGAUGCUCCCCCAACCCUCUGGAGCAGAUCCGUAGAGGGCAAGGGAUGCACAGAGGGAGGAGAGCAUGCAAAGUUUCACAGGGCAAGCAAAAAUCAUUGCACAAAUGGAACAAGUGCAAUGGAUGCCUCUCAUUGAUUCAACUCUCUCUUUCCCUGUUGUUUAGUGACCAUAAGGAAAUGGAAGGGUCCAACAUGGCUGGGUGCCUUUUCUUUUCGUUUCAUUUGCUUGUCUUGUUCAUUGUUUUUUCUUGCUGGGCGAAUGUAGAUAGAAUUGAUAUUAUAUUUUGAUAAAGCUCAAUUAAUGCAUAUUCAGGCCUGUAGUGAUAGGAUAAAAAACAAUAAACUGGUAGUGGCGCAUCAUAUCAUCCCCUUUUUGGGUCUUCAAAUGCUAAGCAGAAUCAAUGUUUGGAGGGUGAGCAGACACUCCAUUUAGGAACACAGGAGGCUGCCUAUUUGGUCUAUCCAGGCCAGGGACAUUCCCAGUCCUUCCCGGAGAUACCAGGAAUUGAACCACGGACCUCCUGCAUGCAAAGCAGACGCUCUACUACGGAGCUAUAUAAUAAUUUGCACACAAAAAAUUAGCGCAUGAAAGUCAGGGAGGCUGAUGAGUAGUCCCAGUCUUCCUCUUUGCAUUGACUGCAUGGAAUUUGAUGGGGCUGAAAAGGGAUAUAAAUGGACACACAGAUAUGGAUGGUGUGUAAAGCUACGUUACACAGAGCUGGCUCACUGAACUGGCCCAUCUCACCGUCCACUGUCCCUCUUUAACUGGCAGAAACUCUUUAAGGUCUUAGCUUGGCAGAGGCUUUACCAAGAGAAGGGACAAUGACUCAGUUGCAGGAACCGAGCACCAAAGGCUCGCUUCAGCAUGGUCCACUGUCACGUCUCCAGUGUGCAGCCUGAAUGCCAAAAUGGGGAAAUCAAAAGCCACUAUUAUGCUUGGGUCAAGAGGGGUGGCAUGAACAGUCUCUAACAACUUAGGAAAGAGACUGUCUCUAAUAAAAAAAGGAAAGAGAUACCUCCCCCCCCACCUCCAAAUAGCCUUUUUCAAAGUUAAACUGAAUUUUCUCAAAGCAAACUGCUCUUGCUGCACUUCCAUCUUAAUAUAAAAACGGUUAAAUGUACGCUUCUUCCAGGGGCUUUUAAGCCUUUUCCAUUUGAAGCGGCAGCUCAGCUACUUAUGCUUGUACUAGUCCUUCCACAUCAAGCCAUAUUUCACAUCCUGUCAGAGCAGACUACUUAAAAGCAGCAUCAUUAUGUUUUUUCAGAAACAAAGGAGUGGCAAGAGGGGAUCGCCGAAUCUUGCUUCUGAGCCACUGUUUUUAAAUAGUGUUUUCAUAACGUCCUGUUUACUCUGCUUUGGUGGCCAGUGAACGUGUCUCAUGGAAAUGAACUCUCUUUCCUUAGGUUUUAUCUGGGGCGAAAUCAAAGAAAUGUGGGACGGAGGCUUCAAUGAGUAUGUUCACGACUGGUGGAACCUGAUGGAUUUUGCAAUGAACUCUCUCUACCUGGCAACGAUCUCUCUGAAAAUUGUUGCAUAUGUCAAGGUAUCAUUACCAUGGAGCAUGUGUGUGUGCACUCGUUAGCACUGGGGUGGCUAACCUGUGACCUGCAAGUCAUAUUUAUGCUCUUAAGGGUUUUUUGUAGCUCCCCCAUAGCCUUCCCCCCAUUUGUCAUUUUUAAAUUAAAAGUCACUUACUUUAAAAAUAACAAUACAUGUUUUUACUGACCACUUCCAUGUGUAAGUAAAUGCCAAAAGCAUCUUGUGAUCCCCUUCAAAUCUUUUUUUUUUUUAAACCAUCUACUUUUGCAACUCUUGACAUUGGGCCCAAAAAAACAUUAGUCACUCCUGCUUUAGUGUCAGGCUUCUCCAAGAUAAUGGCUUUCUUUCUUUCUCUCUCCCUGCCAACCUGUGGGUCCCCAGAUGUUGUUGAACUACAACUCCCAUCAUCCCUAGCAAGCAAGGCCAGAGCUCAGGUAUGAUGGGAGUUGUAGUCCAACAACAUCUGGGGACCCACAGGUUGAGAACCGCUGGAACACAUCAAAUUCUCUGUGAAUUCUGUGAUUCUAUGAUUACAUUACAAUUUGGGGGUAUGAUCAAGUUCAGGCAUUUCCUGUUUGCAUAUCUGGAGUCUUGGGGAUGUCUGCUUCUUCACCCUUUGAACCUACUCACUUCUCCCCCCACCCAUUAUCGGCCUCAUUCAUGGUUCUUAGCAUCUUGUCUGCACUAGCACUAACCACAUCAAGCUCUUAACCAGGGUUUGCAAACUCAGUUCAAAUAAAUGCUGAUUUCAAAUCCUGAUUAGAAGUGGAAUCCUAUACAUGUAUGCUCAAAAGUAAUCCUGAUGUAUGUGGGACUUACUCUCAGAUGUAUAGUAUUGUGGUCUGCAAUGUGAACUUGGUUGCCAUCAAAUGCAGCUGUAAAUGAUAAACUAUGGCUAGGGUGGACUUGGAAAGUGAGGAUGAAUGAGUAACCAGUUCCUUAUCCAACACCCACUUUGCAAACCAUGGUUUUCAAGAAGCCAGUGUUACAUGCAUCAGAAAUGUAUCUUGCUUGUGCACCAGGUGCCCAAAUAAGGAUUUUUCUUCUAUCCCAAGCAGCUGUGUCACUAUCUACAUGUAUUGAUGAUGGAUGGUGCAAGGUGGGCAGUGGUACAACUGCAUUUUAACAGUUUUAGAAUUUAACAAUGAAACAUCAGAGGAUUGCAGCACCAAGAGAUCAAAGGCAACAAAAGAAAGAGGGGAGAUCUGAAACCAUGCAAGUCAACAUUUAUUAGAUAAUUGUGGAAUUUGAGCACCAACCUCUCUUAAGAAGUCAAGGCAGUGCUCACCUGACCUCCUAUCACUGGCAUCUCUGCACAUUUCCAGGAGGGAGAGGGGAAGGGGCAUAUUGGCUGGGAGGGUGAAACAGUACAAAUACACCUGCAGGGUUGACUCCACCUGCACAUUAGCACCAUACCAACCAUCCCACCACUUAUCCCUCCUGGUCAGGUGUAGUGACACCAGUGAUGGAAAUCAAGUAAGCACAGCCACUCUUCCAUACUGACUGCUACUGUACAUGUCAGGGGUUACUUGAAUUCAUGCUCACGGGUUACUUGAAUUCAUGAGUUACAUGUGCUACCCUGAAGGUGUGACAUUUGGCAUCUUUUAUGUGGAACCUGUUGCUUUGCAGGGCGUUGGACUAGAUGACCCAUUUUCUAGCUCUACAAUUCUAUUAUUCUAAGACAUGGGGGCCAAUUGCACUGUGCCAUUAUUUGUUUUAAUUAUUUAUGAGGUGUUAUGCAGUAAUCACCACAUCCUAAUUUUGAACAUAGGAAAAGAUUGGUUUAUUUGCAGGAUGAAAAUGGCAGUCAGCAUCUAAACUGGUUUUUUGUCUUGGAGCGCCAAAUGCAGUCUUACAGGAGACUAAAAUGCUAAGAUCAAAUGGGGCAGGGCAGGGAUGGAAGGGUGCAUGUACACUUGAAUGCAAAUGACCUGCGUUUGGAUUGUGUGAGGGCCGGAGGAUGGAAAAACCAUGGCUCAGUCACAGAACAUUUGCCUUAAAUGCAAAAGGUCCCAGAUCUCCAUAUAAAAUGUUCCAUUCCCCAAAAAUCUGGAGAGCUACUGCCAGUCAGUAGACAAAACUGAGCUAGAUGGACCAGUGACCUGUCUCAGUAUAAAGCAGCCUCAUAGCUUUUUGCAGGGCUGUAGCUCAGUGGCAGAGCAUCUGCUUUGCACUCAAGAAGAUCUCACAUUCAAUCCCUGGCAUCUCCAGGUAGGGCUGCCUGAAAUCCUGGAGAUCCUCUGCUGGUCAUUGUAGGCAAUACUGAGCUAGAUGGGCCAUUGGUCUGACUCAGUAUAAAGCAGCUUCCUGAUUUGAUUGUGGACAAGCCUGUACAGAAGGGAUGCUGUAAAACAGUAGUUGCAUUUGCUGAGUCAUGGCUGGUGUGACAAUGCACGUUUCUCACUGCAGAUUGAUUGGGCAGUCCUGGGUGUGUAUGUGAAUGUGAGCGGCAAGUGCCAAUAGAGGCCAAAUUGUCUCAAGUCCGUGCCAUAUUUGGACCUUAGUGACAGAUCUGCCCUGCAUGGGAAGCAGAUGUAAAAGUGCUUCACCAAAGGAAAUUCCAGUGGGCCAGUGCUACUCAGAAGAAGGCUUAUAUUCUUGCCAUGGCCGAUGAAGACCAAAUUGUAGCUCAUGCUUGAAUUGGCAGUUGGCAAAGAAUCAGGUGCAUGAUUAGACGUUAGAAUAUUCUCAGAGUUCUCACACCUCUUGAUCGCAUCCAUAACAAGAAAUCUCUAUCCAAUGCCAAAUUUUCCUUCCUCCAUGCACUUGCAGUGAGGAUGCACUUGCUGCACAGUUUCCUGCUGAGCAAAGUCAAAGGAAUCAUAUACUUCAAGUGCAUAUGCAGAGUGACAGCCAGGGAUGGCCCAAGACAUUUUGGAACCUGAAGCAGACCUCAAAAUGGCAUCCCCCCUCUCUGCCAGGGAAGAAGGGGUAAGGGAAGAUCUACAUCAGAAACAAGGGGCAGGAGAGAAAGAAAGAUCUACAUUUGGAUCUGCUGCCCUGGUGGUUCCUGCCAACUGAGGCAGUUUCCUCACCUUGCCUCAUGGGUGGGCUGGCCCUGCUGACAGCAGAACCAAGCUGUUAGGUACCAGAGCUCUGCUCUUCACACAUCAAUCCUUGCUUCAGGGUUUUCAGACAGUACAAAACUUGCAGCAUCCAGAUAAAGACGUGUCCUCUGAGGAAGAGAACAAAGCUUGAAAUAUGUCAGGGUUUUCUAUUGGCUUAAUUUUGGCCUGUUCCUUUCUUUUGCCGAGUCUUCAAAACCUCUCUGGGGACUCUUUUACUGGUGUCCUAAGUAAAUAAGUAAAUAAAUGUGUGAAGAACAUGGGAAAAUGCUAUUGGACGACAGAGAGAAGGGUGAACUGCUCAACACCUGCUUUGCCUCUUUCUUCACCAAAGGAAAGCAGUGCCCAACCUGGUGAUAACAGAAUAAACUAUGCAAGGAGGGAGCUGCAGCCCUAGAUAGGAAGAGAGGUGGUAAGGGAACACCUAGCUACUUCAAAUCUGCAAGGCCUUGUGAGCUGCACCCAAGGGUACUAAAGGAGCCUGUGAAUGUAAUCUCACAGCCUUUGUCUGUAAUCUUUGAGAAUUCUUGGAGAACAAAUGAGCUCUUCAGAGGCACACUACCUGGAGGUAAACUAUAGCCAUUGUGUCCCAAAAUAGAGGACUCCUUGCAAUUAAGGACUGCCCUCUUGACAGCCCUUUGCAAAGCAGGACACUCAACAUCCCUAGCCAUUCACCAUGCUGGCUGGGACUAAUGGGAGUUAGAGUUCAACAAUACCCAAAGGUCAUCAAACCACUUUCUCAUGAGGCAUGUUGCAUCACUGGACACAUGCAAAAUAUCACCGUUUCAACAGUGAGCAACAGUGGUGGACCUUACGGUCUCAAAUUUCAGCAGCACCCUCUGCAAUACCAAAACUUGGAGCCCCCUACAUUUUGCCUUCCAUUCUACCUCAUAGUUGUUCCACUCCCUGCAGCUACCCCAAGGCUCAAUGCCCAGUGUGGCCAAACCAGGCAUGCUCCCUUAAAUCUGCACAACCAGUACCUCAUGUGGCAGAGAUGGGCAGCCUAGCAGGAAGGGCUUCCAGUUGAGAGCACACCGUGUGCAAGCCACUUUGACAUUCACUAGUAUUUGGAAAGCUGCCUUUAAUGAUUUGGCACAAGAUGGUCAGAAUUGCUAUACAGGACAAGAGAAGGAUGCAUCAUUGAUUUUUGAUUUUUUUAAUGACCCAGUUAGAAUUUGCCCUUGAAGAUGCUGAAUGAUAUAGAUCUGGCCAAUUAAAUUACUUUGUCAAGUUAUUCUUCUCAGGGGCUUCAGCACAAAUGUUGGCUAAGAGCCUCAUGCAUUGUGGGAGUUUGUCAAAGAAGCUAAGCCAUAUCUGGCACCCACUGCUUCCCUUGGGCAGCUGUUUUCCAGGCACACUCUACACUCAUAGCUUCCAGUUAAAGGUCUAGUGAAGAGUUAAACAUGAGCAUUGUAAGGGCUUUCCACAAAUCAAGUUGACUGAGUCUCUCCGUGACGCUCGUGGAUGUCUAGAACAGUUUGAAAUGUCAGAAGCAAUCAGAAGCCAUGCAGAAAGGCAUUUGUGCAGGACUUCAGUACCUCUGCACUUCGGGAAAAAUUAUCCUUUUUUAAAAAAAGAAAAGAAAGCUUUACACAAUCCUUGGUUUCUAUAAACCAGUUUAAUUUAUGACAUUUUUUCCAAAAGCAUGAAAAUUCUAUUUAUGUAGCCUGCAAACGUACAGACACAACUCCAAUUUAAGAGGCAAGCAACAAGUAUUUACUGUUGGCUUUUAUUGCAUGGAGCCAUGCAGCAAAAUAAGUCCUCAGUGUAACACCAGCAAGCAAGCCACAUUAUUUUCCUCUUGCAUGCACCAUUACCACUAGGUUCAACCUGAAGCUGUCUCACAAAAUGACACAGUGAUGAAAAAGACCUGCAAUUUCAAAAUCACUUGGAUGUCAUACAGCAGGGGCAGACCAAACAUGCUGCCCUCCAGGUGCUGUUGGACUACAUCUCCUAUCAUCCUGACAUGGCUGGGGCUGAUGGAAGUUGUAGUGCACAACACCUGGAGGAUACUAUAGAAACAUAUUGUCUAGAACAUGAGGCAGAGUGUGCCAUGGGGUUUCAUGUUUGCCACACCACAUAAAGCAAACACCAUUGGUUUGGUUUGGCAUUUUGCUUGGCUAAUUUGUUUUUUGUUUUGUUGGUUUACUUGCUUGGCUUCAGGCCAGUUGCCAAAAAAAGCAAGGGGCAAAGAUAUUCCUCACGUCCCCUCACUCACUUCUGAUGAUGCUAUCUAGUAGGCUUUAGGCCCAGACUCAUCAAAACCCACUGAGCACCUCUUUCCUCGGUCCUGCCACCAGGUUCAAAGUAUUGCACCACAAAGCCCUGCUUAGAUACCACUAGUAGCUUUUCCCAAAUGCUCUGGGACUCAACUCAGCCCUUCCUCGUCCCCAAGGCAUCAUCUUUCCCCCUUCACCUACUGACUGCAUCUCCCCAGACAAGGCUCUCACCUCACAUGGAGUCACACUUUCUUAGCCAUGGAGGCUUUUCCACGACUUUGCCAGCAGCUGGUCUGUACUAUCAAACUGCUAGUUCUGCUCCAUUUUGUUGGACACCUGCCCUUGCCACUGGAUCAUUUGCUCAAGCUGCCGGCUCUGCUGUUCUAUCAUCAGCUUUAUUUCUUCCAGGACUGUUGCUGCUUCUCCCCCCAUUUUGGCUUCAGGUGCACCUCGCUCACAGGCCUUUAUGGUAGUGAGAUGUGGGCAACUAACACCCACCAGGAACACCUCGUUACUUUCCACAUGUGCUGCAUCAGGAACAUUUUGGCCAUCACAUGGCAACACAGAGUCUCAAAUAAAGAUGUGCUCUCCCAAGCCCACAUUCCCAGAAUGUCCGUAUUCCUAACUCAGCAACAUCUAUUCUGGCUUGGUUAUGUCCACAGAAUGGAAGAAUGAAGGCUCCCCAAGGACAUUUAUUUACAUAUAUAUAAGCCUGGGUCUAUAAUGAAUUGGAGGCUUUCAGCUUCUCCCGUAGGUGUCGUCCUGAGUUCAAACAGACAUCAGACAUCCUGCCUGCUGCCCUGGCUUUCCUGCUCAUAUAACUCCUAACUGUGCACUAGGCAGCUACCUAGAUUGCUUCUCCACUGCUUACCAACUGAAAAUCUUUUCCUGUAGAGCACAGCAGGGCAAACUGCAAUCUUGAAACUCUCCUCCUAGCCUUUUUCUUCUACUCAGGGAGUUCUACUCAACUCCUAGCUCUGGGAGGGUCUUCAACCAUUUUCCAGCUGCCACAGGAUCUCUGCUUUGCUAAUUGCCCAUCUCUCUGCCCUUUUUUUGCUUAAGGACUCAGACAUUAUCAGGCUGGCCUGGACACAGGAAGCUGAGCCUCCAGCUAUUAAGGGUCUGAUUUCCAGUUCAACUCUCCAAGCAGUGAUUAAAUUCUUACUGUUGCUUAGUCGUUUAGUCGUGUCCGACUCUUCAUGACCCCAUGGACCAGAGCACGCCAGGCACUUCUGUCUUCCACUGCCUCCCACAGUUUGGUCAAAGAUUAAAUUCUAGCACUUGCUAAAUCCAGGCACCCACAAACCCUUAACAGUAUCUUCUGCCUAGGAUGAAUCCAAAGAGGUGAGCCCAAGAAGGCUGGUGCUGCAUCACCUGAGAGCUGUCCUUUUGCUGCUGUAGAACAUGCUCAGCCAGAACUCUUUGGCUGUAUGCUAUUGGUUCCCCAUAAUCUUUUGUGAAACUGCAGGGACUCCUCUGAUGCACCUUGUGCUUCACAUCCCAUAGCCUUUGCCCAUGCAUAUAGCUGAUGGGAGUCAUGUGGGGCUACUGUAAACAGAUCAGUACAUCCAACUGGAAAGUAUGCUACUUUGUCUUUUUCCUGGGAUAAAUUCUAUCUUCUAGGGUCACAUUCUGUCCCGGGCAACCUUAUUGGGGGGGCUGCAUGCUAGUGGUACGCAGAGGGAGAGGCAAACAGUGGGCAAAGCAGUAGAUGAGAUCAUUACCUUUUGUACAUUCCAGCCACAAAAAAACAAGAGAAUUCUACAUGCAUGCGCCUCCUCCAUCCAUGCAACCAAAAGGCACCAUAGUUCAAAGACAAAGCCUGGCAAAAGCACUCAAGGAAGGUGAAAGAGUUUGGCUAAGGGAAGGGCAUGGUUUGAGAGAGUCCCAAGAGCCUUCUCCUCCACAGAUUUGUCUAAUACUCUUUCAAAGCCAUCCAACAACUGAAUAACUGCACUAUGGGAUGGAGUACUUACUUUUGUCCAUCCUGACUCUCCCAACAUCAGUAUCAUUGGAUGUCCACAAGUUCAUAUUAUGAGAGAAGGAGAAUUUUUCUCUCUCUCCCCACUUUCUCUACUCCAGAACUGUAGAUAUAGGGCUCAUCCACAUUUAGCUUUUGCCCCACGCUUUCUAGGCACAAAAGGAAGUAUGGAGGGGGGAGCCUUUAUUGUUCCAAGUGUGGCCUCACUGCAGAUUUGUACAAUAGCGUUAUGAUACUGGCAGUUUUAUUUUCAAUCCCUUGCCUCAUUCUCCCUAAUGAAAUAGGGGGGUAGACUCUCCUGCAGUGAAGGCUGGUUGUUAGGAAAAUUGGGCACUGCCUUACCAAGCUCGAUCUACCCUCAGCCAACCCCCAGCUGCCCAGCUUCCUCCUUGCAACACAUCCAGAGGGUGGCACUGGCUGUCAGCUUUCUCUUCCUCCAUAGUCUCAAUGCUAUCCUUUGUGGAACUCAACAGAGAGGAGCAGGAUGGGGACAAAACUAGAAUUAAUUUCUUCUGGCUGUCUUUGGCUCUGGAUCCACCUAUUGUUGUUGACCUCUAUGCCUUUCACCAGACAAGUCCCAAAGAGCAUCAGGUACCAGUGCUCCCCUGCAAGAGUAGCACCUUCUACUCAGUGAAAUUUAGAAUGCAUGUGUACGUGUGUGGAUAAUGUUCUGAAAAGUGAAAUGAUGUCAUUUGAAGUGUUGACUGCAACAAUUCACCUGUAUUCCUUUCCCCCCCUUCCCUAUUAUUUCUUGCAGUACAAUGGUUCCCGUCCAAGGCAGGAGUGGGAAAUGUGGCACCCCACCCUCAUUGCAGAAGCCCUCUUUGCAAUAUCAAACAUUUUAAGCUCCUUGCGUCUCAUCUCCCUGUUUACAGCAAACUCUCACCUGGGACCCCUGCAGAUCUCUCUGGGACGUAUGCUGCUAGAUAUUCUCAAGUUCCUAUUUAUUUACUGCCUGGUGCUGCUGGCUUUCGCCAAUGGACUGAACCAGCUUUAUUUCUAUUACGAGACCAGUGCCUCGGAAGAACCCAACAAUUGCAAGGGGAUCCGAUGCGAGAAGCAGAACAAUGCCUUCUCCACGUAAGACUCCUUGCCUCUCUUCUGUUGGUUUGUUUUCCUUCUUCUUUCUGCUCCCUGAAUGCUGCUGUUUCUCCCUGCGGUGGCCUUGGCAUGCUGGCCACUGCUCCUGCUGGUGUUGCAAAAAUUCCUUUAUCUAUUCAUAGAUGAGUGUCAGUCCAUUUGUCAGGGGUUAUGUAAGCCUGGCCUGAGUUAUCUCAGACAGACAGUCUGCAGAAGGACAAAGCUGAACUUGAGCUUUGCAAGGGACUUGGCAAGGCAGCCGUCAGGGUGACAGGACUUUACACCCUGGCGCUAUAAUUCCCGUUGUUAGUAUUUGCAUAUCACAAAAGAACAAAGCUGCAGGGACUCUCCAAGGGCUUAUUCAGGGAGUAAAUGCUGUCCUAAGUGUUUCCAGCGCUGCUCUUCAUCAGGACCAAAUCCUUAAAAUGGUAUAUCCAUUGUCAGUUAAAUCACCAUAACAUUCCUGUUACUGAGUCAUGCAAAUAAUACAAAAUUGCUCAAAGGAAGUUGCCCUUUAAAAAUCAGAGUCACUGUGUUUGACAUUAUAAGCUGUUUUCUUACAAGGGAUCCUGGUGUGCUGUUCCUUUCUUAAAAGCUGUAUUUUGUAAUGUUCUGAUAAGAACAUAAGAACCUGAACCCUGCAGGAUCCAGCUAAACUGGCACACUUCCCCUGACCAACGAAAUCCAAAGUGGAAAGGGAGGAGGAAGCAUUCACAUCCGUUCAUGUAAAAAUCAGACAGCACCUGCCCCCAACUUAUAUGAGAAUAGCAUAAUAACAAUAACAUUAAUACUAAUACUAAUACUAAUAAUAAUUUAUUUACAUGUCACCCACAUGACUGGGUUGCCCCAGCCACUCUGGGCGGCUCCCAACAAAAAAUAGUAAAAACACAAAUACAACAUCAAACACUAAAAACAUAAGACCGAACCUGGCUGCCACCAUCUCGCUUAAGACUGUCUGCACUGACUAGCAGUGGCUAUCCUGAGUUCCCAGCCCCACCUGGUGAUGCCGGAUAUUGAACCUGGGGCUUUCUACAUACAAAGCAGGUGCUCUGCCAUUGAACAUCAGGAGAACCUCAUUGCUGGAUAAGGCCAAAGGGGGCCCAUUGAAUCCAGCAGACUUUUCCCACUGAGGGCACACUCUCCCUACCUGCCCUGACCAGCAACUGGAAUUCAGAUGCAUACUGCCUCUGACAGUGAAGAUAGAACAAAUCACCCUCAUUGAUAGAAGCCAUUGAUGCUCUUUGUAUUUAAUCCUCUUUUAAAACCAUCCAAGUGGUUGGCCAUCACUAUAUCCUGCAGUAGUCAAUUCCAUAGUUUAUGCAGUGUGCAGAGAAGGACUUUCUCUGCACCUAUGCUGAUUCUUCCAACAUUCAGCUUCAUGGGGUGGCCCCAAGUUCCUGCACUAUAUGCAUUUCCUGUUUAGCCCUGGGUACCUGCAGCUUUGUUCUCCUGGGAUGUUCUUUGCCACUGCUGUGGCAAAAGCUGUUCUUGGGUUGAUCAGUAUUUGCAUCAGCCUGGGCCACACUCUUUUGGGUCAACUCAGGUAUGCAGGAGCAGAUGAGUAAACAGGCUCCGGGGACAAUGGCAUAUCACAUUGAGGGCUCUUUGCUCUUGGUCCAGGAGCCCAUUUCCCCUUUCCUGCCUUUCUAACCUAUCAUGACCUGGUGCAGCCAGAGGUAUGCAGCCUCAGGAGAUCAGUGCAGGUAGAAAAAGAGCCAAGGUCCAAAUGCAGUUGAUGGUGUCUUAAGAGAGGAUAGUGGUCUGAUUCCAAGGAGGAUUCCUUUCCUCAGAGACCAGUUUCUCCAAGUAGGGAACCAAGCAUGGAGCAGUAGUAGUUAUAGAGGGCUGCCCAGGCCACCUGUCUGACUGAGAAGACGGGGUUGUAGUACAGCAGCAAGGAUAAGGUUGGAAGCUAGAGCUGUGCACAGCCCCUCAGAUCUGCCCCACAGCUCUGAUCUGAGGGCCCCCAAUCAGGCCACCCAUUCUACCCCCAAAGCAAUUAAGGUCAAGGGGCUUACUAAGGUCUUUCUAAACCCCAUAUGGUUGGGAGGAGGUGGGUAAAGGAGGAGACACUAUGUCACCUUAUUCCCCUGGCUGUGUGGGUUCUAUGGGGUGCUGCUCCUUAACGAGUGGCUUCUCCACAUGUGGGGAAGCCACUCGUAAGGAUGAAGCAACCAGCAACACGCAGGAUUGAAUCUUCCCAAUGACCAGGUGAUAAGCAGGAAGAGUCUAUCCUGCAGGAUGCUGCUUCUUCAUGAGCAGCUUCACUGCAUUCAGGGAAGGCAUUUGUGAAGGAACAGCAACUGGCACUGCACAAAUUGAAAUGUGAGGAUUCAGUCUUGUGUGGUGCUGCUUCAGGGGGCAGGAAGAAGGAGGGGACUGACAGAAAGGGAAGGUUGGGUUGCCCCCACCCCUAUCUUAACCCAACUUGGUAGGCCCUUCCAUUUCAUGGUUUCUCCUUCCCAUCUCUGCCUAAAACCCUGGCCUCCCUGAAAACCCCAGAUCUCUCCGGGCCACCCAACACAGCCUGUAGUGAUAUAGGACUGUCUCAACCCAACUCACUUGGUGCCUGGAUCCCUCCAAAUUAGCCCAAUGUGGCUAGGAGCUCAUCCUAAUCUGUUGUACAGCCCUACUGGAAGCAUCUACUUCCCAAGAGUUUUCCAGGUGGUGGCAGGGAGUAAAGCCAGAGUUAAAGAACCCAGGCCUUGCAUCUCAUGACCUGUAGAAGCAUCUCUCAAUUCCCUGUCCAUGAGGCCCCACACUUGAAAAUCCAAAAAUGUGUGAUUUAUUAUUGCUGUUUCUGUUCAUGAAAUAACCCUUUCUUGACCAGGCUGCUUGAUCCCCCAAAGUAAAAGCUAUGAAACCCCCAAUUUGAUAUUUUAAUAUUUUUACCAUCUCACAACCCUCAAUAGGAUUGCCAACUUUUGAGUUCUGGAGUAUGAUAUAUUAUGAUAGAUUAGAUUAGAUUAGAUUAGAUUUAUAUAGAGUACUGGGGCCCAAGGAAUGGUCAGGGAAUGUAGCCAUAUACUUUUCAGAACCAUAGAUAAAUUCCAGAGCAUAAUGUUCUUCAGAAAUAUUUUGUAGAAGGCGUCAAAGGCUGAAGAACUGGGAAAAGGCCACAAUGCUUGUGAAACUUGUUAAUAAAAAAUCAUUUAGUAAGUUUCACUGUGCAAUGGCUUCUGCUGUCAUUUGUACACACACACAAUUCCAAGCAUGCCAUCUGUAUUUUCCCAUUCACAUUACUUAUCCAGGUUUUACCUUCUUUUAUCUCCCUGUUCCUUCCUUUUAAAAAAAGGUGGGGAACCUCUGGUCAGUGGGUCAAAUUAGGAUCAAUAGGGGUUAUUUCCUCCAAACAGUGGCACUCGCCCCACUGCCAACAUCUUAUCUGUACAGACAUGACUGAAAAGGAACAGUUGGGAUCCUUAAAGUGUGUUCUUUGGCAUUUAAGAUGCUGACAGGAAGCCAUGUUGGGAUUGGUUGCAGUACAGAGUUUCCACUUGGGAACUCCAUAAUGCAACCAAUCUGUGUCCUAAGCAGAGCUUGCUGUAAGAGCUUCAUCUGUGCAAACUUUUAAAGGUAAAUUUCAGAAAUCUUGCUCCAUCAAUCAGUAGUUGCACCUGCACUAGUGACCACACAUCAGUGCUACCAGCCAGAAAGGCAAAAGGUGGCAAGUGGUCAUAUUCACAGGGAUACUGAUCCCCACUUUCCCCCCUGUAGAGCCAUUUAUACAUCAUUGUCAUGCCAUAAGUGGAUUACCUAGCUCUGAAAUUUUAGAACUACACAGAUGCAUCAUCAUUAUCUUAAUCACCAUCGCUCACAGCAGCAUUCGUCUAGUUCUUGUCCUCCUAAGUGCUUUACAUGCAUUUUGGGUUAUCCUUAUAACAACACAGUAUGGUAGCGUUGGGACGCGGGUGGCACUGUCAGUUAAACCACAGAGCCUAGGGCUUGCCGAUCAGAAGGUUGGCAGUUUGAAUCCCCGCGUUGGGGUGAGCUCCCGUUGCUCGGUCCCUGCUCCUGCCAACCUAGCAGUUUGAAAGCACAUCAAAGUGUAAAUAGAUAAAUAAGUACAGCUCCGGCGGGAAGGUAAACGGCGUUUCUGUGUGCUGCUCUGGUUUGCCAGAAGCGGCUUAGUCAUGCUGUACCCCGGAAGCUGUACGCCGGCUCCCUCGGCCAAUAAAGCGAGAUGAGCGUCGCAACCCCAGAGUCGGUCAUGACUGGACCUAAUGGUCAGACGGCCCUUUACCUUUACCUUUAUGGUAGUGUUAUGCACUCCACACUUCCAUGUUCAAGUUGAAAAAUUCAGAGGUAGAGCCUCUGAGUUUUAUUUCCUUUGAAUGAGAGUUGCUUUCAUAAUCUCUACUUAUUUGCAAACAUAAAAGCAGAACCCGUUGGAAGCAAGUGGGCUCCCCAAAACAAGCAACACAACCACCAAUCCAACAGCAGAUUCCCAAAGAGCUGCAGCCAAGCAAAACUGGGUUCAGUUUUAGCUAACACCAGCUGAAAACUCUCAGCCUUCUUUCUCUGCAUAAAUUCAAGCAAUCUUCCCCCUUGGUUGCUCUCUGUCCCUCCUUACAGACAGCAUCAUCUUCCAAAGGCUAGAGCCAUCAGGGAACAUCCAUCUCUCUUGAUAAGUCCCUUGUCACCCAUCAUGUUUGUCAGGCAAAAUGGCAAUAGGCCCAUUCAGGCUAAUCAAGACAGCCAACCUUAUAACACCAGACUAGAAGCAUUAUCUUCACAUUACAGACAGGAGCUGGGGGCAGCAGGAUAGAUAGUGGCUUGCUUAAGGCCGCCCAUUGAGUCAAUGGCUGAGCACAGAUUUUAACCAGGGAUAUGCAGCUUAGAGUUUAUGCAUUCAGUUGAUGGAUUACAGUAUCUCUGUCUCAAAAGCCUAUAUAUUGGUCUUGUUGUGCUGAAGGCAGUCCAUCGGCAUUUGAGUUUUCUGUACUCCAGCGAUCUUCCUGGAGACCUAUGUUUCUGGAGAAGAUGCUAGCUCUUACAUGUACCAUGAACUCUUGUACUGUGCUGCCAUAGAGCCACACGACUUGAAUCCUGACAUUUCAUUAUAACUAUAAAAAGCCAUUUUCGUAUCUCCAAGAAGGGCGUCAACACACAAUAAAGAGCUUAAGAAAAUGUACGGUGAACCGCUUGACAGCAACAACACUCAAUGACUUGACGACAGCCUUUGAACACUCACAAGCCAACUUUGCAAACACAGGAAAACUGCCGCAUAAGGCAAUGUGAGGGGGCUCAGACUCUGGGGAGGGGGGAGAUUUGUCGGAAACAAAGAAGCAGCAGGGGGAGACCAUUAGAGUGGCAGUCUCUUUACAGGCGAGGAGAGCGCGCGGCAAUUGCAUUUAUGUUGGAGCCUCGCUUCAGAAGCUCACUCUACCUUGUCUUAAAAGCUGAAACAGUCAUUAUUAACACCCCUGGUGCCAAGUGACAUUUGGCUCUUCGAACAGAUGCUCAGCGUGAAUAACUUGCUAAGAACGGGCAGCCUGCGAAAUAAGAAAUUAUAUCUGUGGGCCGGUGUGAAGGAGCGGCAUUGCAAUGGGUUUGCAAUCGGCCCCCAAUGCCACUUUGAGUUUGCUACAUUUAAGUCACCCUUAAUGGACAAAUGCAGCUGAGCAGCUUCCGUUGACUCCUCUCGGAUCUGAAGAGUAGCAGCUAAUAAGCUCCAGUUCUAUAAGAGACCCAGGCAAGGGCUCUUGUUCCUGUUUGCACAACUUGUUUAAAAUAGGACACCGUCGUACUCUUUGUUAUUGCUUCCCGAAGGAUAGUCUUAAUCCUUUUUUUCUUUCCCCUUUCUUUCUGGAGCGAUCCACCUCCUGGAACAGUAAUAUUCUGUCGUGACAAGCAGGAGGUCAAACCAUUAAUAAAUCUAGCUUUAUGGUCUGGCUUUCCUGUUCUUGGCAAAUUCUCCCUUGCUUUGAUAGCCCAUCUGCAAAAUAUAUUUGCAAUAGAACUGUGGGUCAGAACAUUAAACACACAGGGACGUCAGAAAGCUAUAAUGUCACAUCUAAUCUUCCCUUGGCCAUCCACAAUGAAGGGCAAUGCUUAAGCCAGUUUUUGCCAACCUGAUGCCCUCCAGUUAUUUAUUUAUUUAUUUAUUCAUUCAUUCAUUUAUAGUUUAAUUAAAACUUUUCAACAUGCAAUAAAAAGCAGAAACAAAACAAGAAAGAAAGAAAGAAAGAAAAGAAAAGAAAAGAAAAGAAAAGAAAAAACUCGCAACUUAAUGAACAGCUCUUAACUCAUUGAAGUGCUGUGUGUCUCCCUGCUUCCAUUGGCUGAAAACUACCUUCUGAUUACGCUGUGGGCUGUGGCCAUCGUCAACACAAAGGACAGCACUUAACCCAUUAGAGUGCUGUGCAUCCUCUCUGCAUCCAUUGGCAGCAAGAGAGGGAGGAAAAGCACAUUUCGACAACACGGGGACAAGGGUAAAGAUAUGGUAGGAUUAAAAUGUGUCCUUGCUGAUGUACUUCCAGUCAUUGAUUGCUGUCAUAGGUUGGUGGCAGUAGUAAGAAAGAAUGGGCAAGCAUCCCCUCUGAAAAAAAAUUACUCUUCCUUUUCCAGAACAUUAUUUCCAUCAUAGUUUUCCUAUGCACAGCAGGGUGUCCUCCUCCAAACCUACUUUAACCUCUCUCUUCUUUUCCUCCACCUUCCCUUUUUUGGUAGUGCCAUCCCUGGCAAUAGGAAGGGCCUGCCUUUCCCUUCACACCAUUUUUGUGUGAUGUGUGACGGAUAACUGGAAUGGGUUUUGUUCCAAAGCCAGUAAAAAGUAGAAGCUAACUGUGCUAUUGAAAUGAGAUCUGACAGUCACUUUGCUCUGGGUAUCUUUAGAAGGCAGCUGCAGUUUGAUUUUUUUUCCCCUACUGGAAGUUUAGUCUGUAGUUCCAGUGCUAGCUAAAUAGAUCUGCUGUGAACUCCUCAAAAUGUACUUGUGUUUGGUCAAAUUUUGGCCAAAUUCUCCCAUUUCAUUGUGUCUCCAUUUUCCAAGUGUUAAGGGCCAAACUGCACAUGAUUAUUGUUGCUGUUAUUUCUUUACUGCCCUUCCUCCCAUAGCAGCCCAGGGUGGUGCAGUGCACAGCAACACUAUAAUAAAACAUCAAAAAGCAUAAAUGGAAACAAUGAAAAACUUCAUUUUUAAAACAAAAAUUCCAAAUAUACAGAUCAAAACAGAUUAUUGCUAUUAUUGUUUGUAUUUGCGCCCUACAGGGCAGUUUAGUGCACACCAAUGCUAAAAUGAAAAGAUCACCAAUCAACAGCUCAAAAUGUCUAAAAACGGCCUAUCGAAAGCAAUAAACCCAAAUUAGCAUAGAAAUCCACCAUACCACCUGCUGGAUCCUACGAGAUACUUACAUACAAGAAGUCUGGACAAAUAGGCAUGUGUUUAAUUGAUGUCUGAAGUUUAUCAGUGUGGUGGCCAAUUACAGUUCCCUAGGGAGGGAAUUCCACAAUUUUAUUUACUUUAUUAAAUUUGUAACCCGCUCUUCAUCCAAAGAUCAUAGGGCAGUUCACAACACAAAAAUACAAAAUGAGAACAAAAAUUACAUAAUGAAAAGAAAAACAAACCAAUAACCCCCCCCCCAAAAAAACAUAUUUAAAAGGAUAUAGAACGUUAAUCAGCCAAAGCCAAAGGUCUGGUUAAAGAGAAACAUUUCCAUUUGGCACCUUAAGAUAAGUACUGAAGUUGCCAGGUGACCCUCCCUGGGGAGAGCAUUCCACAAACGGAGCAACUGCAGAAAAGGCCUAUUCUUGUGUUGCCACGCUGCAGAUCUUUCUUGGGAGGAGGCAUGUGAUGAAGGGUCUCAGAUGAACUGCUCAGGACCAUAAUAUCUCAAGGACCACCACUCUCCAUAUGAACCUACCUGGGCCCUGAGAUAACCACCUGAGGCCCUUCUUCAUGUGCCUCCCCCAUGAAAGGUCCAUAGGGUGGCAACACGAAAACAGGUCUUUUCUGCAAUGGCUCCCUGUUCGUGGAACACUCUCCCCAGGGAGGUUUGGCUGGUGCCUUUGUUAUAAACACACCUUUAGGCGGCAGGCAAAAAUGUUCCUUUCCAACCAGGCUUUGGGCUGAUUGACAUCCAAUGCCCUUUUAAAUGUAUUGUGGAAGGGAGGGGGUUAUUGGGUUAUUUUGUUCUUAUUUUUAUUAUGUAUUUUGUGGUUUUAUAUUGUGGUUUUAUGUUGUGAACUGCCUUGAGAUCCAUGGGUAUACAGUGGUAUACAAAUCUGAUAAAUAACAACAUGAUGGUGAUUAUGAUCACAAUUGGGGUGCCACCACUUGAGAAGGCCCUGUCUUCACAAGCCAUAGAUGGUGAUGGAACCACAAAGAGUGCUUCCCUACUGAUUUCAAAUCACAGGUCAGUAGGUAGUGGAGAAAUACCUUCUGCCAAGUUCAUAGUGCAGCACAGUGGUAGGAUUUCUCCCCCCCCCCUUUAAAGCAGAGGUGAGGGAAAACUCUGAAUAUGUUUCUAGCAGUGGCACUGUGGGAGGAACAUGUAACUCUCCCCCAGCCCACAUAUCCUUUUCUUGAUCAAAAACAGCUGUCUCUGUGAAGCUACAGGGGGAUAUUUCAGCAUUAAGAAGGAGAAUAGGGGAAUAUAUUCUUUGUGUGCCUCCUCCACAAGAGGUCCAGAGGGUGGCAACAUGAGAACGGGCCUUUUCUGCAGUGGCUCCCUAUUUCAAACAUGCUCUCCCCAGGGAGGUUCGGAUGGUGCCUUCAUUAUACACCUUUGGGCACCAGACAAGAACGUUCCUCUUUAACCAGGCCUUUGGCUGAUUGACAUGAUCCAAUGCUCUUUCAAAAUGUGUUGUGGAAGAGGGGAUUAUUGGGUUGUAUUUGUUUAUAUUUUUAUUAUGUAUUUUGUGUUUUUAUAUUGUAAUUUUAUGUUGUGAUCUAUGAGCAUAGGGCGGUAUGCAAAUGUAACAAGUAAUAAUAAUAAAAAUAAAAAUGUGUCAGUUGGGAAACAACACAUGGGAAAGGGCUAACUUCCCCACCCCAGCAGUGAUAGAUUUUGGAACCCCUAUUCUGCAGCUGCUUUUAAAUAAAAACACUGGGAGUUCUUCUGAAUAAUGAACAAAGAAAGAAGUAGAGAAGGGACAGGCUGGCAAUUUGCAUACUUUUUCAUGGAUCUUUGGAAAAAGAAGGUAAAAUAUCUGGUUAUCACAUAAGGACAAGGAUGGAGGAGAACUUUAUGUUAAAUGAAUUUAUACACGGAUAUAUAAGAAUUUAUACAUGGAUAUAUAUAAGGGAUGCGGGUGGCGCUGUGGGUUGAACCACAGAACCUAGGGCUUGCCGAUCAGAAGGUCGCAGUUUGAAUUCCCGCGAGGGGGUGAGCUCCCGUUGCUCGGUCCCUGAUCCUGCCAACCCAGCAGUUCGAAAGCAUGAAGUGCAAGUAGAUAAAUAGGUACCGCUCCGGCAGGAAGGUAAACAGUGUUUCCGUGCGCUGCUCUGCUUUGCCAGAAGCGGCUUAGUCAUGCUGGCCGCAUGACCUAGAAGCUGUCUGCGGACAAACGCUGGCUCCCUCGGCCAGUAAAGCGAGAUGAGCGCCGCAACCCCAGAGUCGUCCACGACUGGACCUAAUGGUCAGGGGUCCCUUUAUCUUUACCUAUACAUAGAAUGUGGUGGCUCCAGUCUCCUUGAACUUUGCAUGCAUUGGGUGUACUUAGGGGUUGGUGAGAUUAGCUCCUGCCACGGGUGCAAACCCAGGGGUGUGCAAAAACCAUGCCUCUCUACUCUGGCACAAAGUGGCCAGAAUCCUGCCCUGGUCACUCCUCCACUGUUUGGAUGGGGGGACCAAUACAUCUCCUUGUCAAGGGCACAAGGGAGCUGAGAUACACCUCUGAUUGUCAGGUGUGUUUAAAUUAAUUUGUCAGAUGUGUUUGAUUAAUUAUAUACAAAAUUGAGAAUGUCGGAGUUGCCAUUCAACAACAUCUGGGGAGCCCUGGAUUCUGCCAUCCCUGUUUUAAGACAGCUGGAAUAUUCUCAAAGGCAACAGCUUUGAUCCUUUCUCUGUACUUAAACUAAAUAAACGAAGGCUUUAAAUGUCCAACCAGCAAUGACAAAUGUCGCACUCCUCUUUUACAGGCUCUUUGAAACUCUACAGUCACUCUUUUGGUCUGUGUUUGGUCUGCUGAACCUCUACGUCACUAAUGUGAAAGCCAGGCAUGAAUUCACAGAAUUUGUUGGGGCCACCAUGUUUGGCACGUACAACGUCAUCUCCCUAGUGGUCUUGCUAAAUAUGCUCAUAGCAAUGAUGAAUAACUCCUACCAGCUCAUAGCAGUAAGUCAACUGAUGAACUUUCUUUCUGAUUUUCUUUGAAAUAUGCAUUUUGUGUAUAUACCUGUGUGCAAGAGGGACAGAAAAGUGAGAUUCUGCCUGGCACCCAAGAUACCGUAUUUUUCACUCUAUAGGACGCACUUUUUCCCCUUCAAAAAUGAAGGGGAAAUGUGUGUGCGUCCUAUGGAGCGAAGACGCCAUAGCCCCGCGACCCUCUCCCGGCUGGAGAGGUGACACGCGGCUAUGGCAGGAGCCUCUUUAGCCCCGCGCCACCCCUCCAGCCGGGAGAGCGUGCGCGGGGCUAAAGAAGCCCCCCGCAACCCUCUCCCGGCUGGAGAGGUGACGCGCGGCUAUGGCAGCAGCCUCUCCGUUGCGCCUUUCCGCUGCUCCCUGACCUGCUCUUUGGGGCUGGUGGUGGGCUUCCCCCCGCCAGCCCCAAAGAGCAGGUCGAAAGGAACCUGAAGCCUGGAGAGCAAGAGGGGUCGGUGCGCACCAACCCCUCUCGCUCUCCAGGCUUCCAAGGUAGCCGCCUGAAGGCGACUGAACGCACCUUAAACGGCACCUUGUUUUAGAGCGGGAAAACAAGAGGGGGAAAAUUGAAGGGGUGCUGGGCAGAGAGGGGGAGAAUUUUUUUUCUUGUUCUCCCCCUUGUAAAACAAGGUGCGUCCUAUUGUCCGGUGCAUCCUAUGGUGCGAAAAAUACGGUACUUAAGCUGCAGGUUGGAGGCAGAAAAGUCACCACCACCCUUAGGGAAACAAGAAAGUCUGGAUUCUUUAUAUCCCUUGUAUCCCUUUGUAACACUGAGCAAUUGACCCUUGAGAAUCACCUGACUUCUGAAGCAAAGAGUAACAUGGAUUUCUGUUGCAAACUGCAGCUGAGAACGAUUUAUGAUCCCACCAUCCUCUGGCCAAAAGCAAGACGCCAAAUAGGACCUCAUAAUUAAAUGUAUGCAGGGCUGGCCCAAGACAUUUUGGUACCUGAGACAAACCACAAAUUGGUGCUCCCUGCCCCACCAGAGAAGAAGGAGUGAGUGGAGAUCUACAUCAGAAACGUGGGGGGGGGGUCAAAUCAACCUUACUUGGCAGCUGAAGUGGGAAUCAAAGGCCAUCACAGGACACUCUGAAUAAUGCAGCGCCAGUACAGAGCCCAGGAAACCCCCAAGGGCAGCUCCCAUCAUUUCUUCCCUGCAGCGGGAGAAAAUCAGCAGCACCUCCUAUUCGCUGAGAGGCCACUGUAGAGGUGGAAUCGGGUGGGGGGCUGCUGAGGUUGUGACACAUCCAGCCUUCAAGGAGCGUGCCGCAGCUCUUGUUAUAGCAGCAGCAGCAGGAGCAGACAAUGCUUUCCUUGCAGGCUGGAUCUGCUGCCCCUAUGGAUCCUGUCACCUGAGGCUGUUGCCUCAUGUUACCUCAUGGGUGGGCCAUGUAUUUGCAUGUAAAUGUGCAGAUAGAAUAUGCUGGAAAUUCCUAGCUCAUUUCCUGUGUUCUCAGAUGACACUGUUCAUUGCAGGGGGUUGGACUAGAUGAUCCCCAGGGUCCCUUCCAAUUCUACUAUCUUAUGUUUGACACUUCUUAAAAAUGGACAAAGAGAGAUGCAUUAGAAAAAGAGAGCUUGCUGCCGUAGGUACCUCAGCCAUUGGUAUGAGAUGAGGUUUGCAUCAUUAAUUACAAAUGCCUACCAGUGAUUUGAAUGCUGCUCAACCACCCACUUAGCACCCGUCUGCCAUGCUUCAGGCAGACUACUGGUUCUCUCUAUCUCUCUUUCACACACGGCACUGCGUGAAUAUUCAUGUGUUUAUCUGUUCAUUCAUUAAUGUAUUAAUUUAACAAUGGAGAAGGGAAAUCAAAACCAGGGAUUGAGAAGAGGUGUUUUUUCAUGGCAUCACAGAAGUUCUGCCAGUCAGUGCUGAUUACAAUUGACUUCUGUUCUGGGGAUUGAGAGUGUCUUGUUUGUUUCUUGGUAAGAUCACAGAAGGUCAGUGAAACAGUGCAGCAUGCAGUUGGUGCCUCUUAUUGGAUUAAGGGUGUGUGUUUCUUGGUAACAUCACAAAAGGUAAGCCAGUCAUAGCUGCAUGCAGUUGGCUUCAUUCCAGGGAUUGAGAGUGUUUCUUGAUGACAUCACAGAAGAUCAGCCAAUCAGUGAUGUGGGCUACUACUGCAAGCUCAAAGAUACGUGCUGGUUGUUUGUUUGUUUUUGGGUUGUUGUUUUUUUGCCCACCAUUUUCACUUAGAGAGGAGUAGAAUAUAUUUGAACUUAACACAGUGAGACUUGCUUCUAAUCCGUUAUCACAGAUAUGUUAUGCCAGGCUUCUCCCUAUUAUGAGUUUCUAUACCAGGGGUCGGCAAACUAAGGCCCAAGGGCCGGAUCAGGCCCAGUUGCCUUCAGGAUCCAGCCCGCAGACUGUCCGUGGAUUGGCAUGGGGAUUCUGUUCGUUCGGGCUACGCCUUUUUUCCCUAUGCCAUUCCAUUCCCCCCCCCCCACACACACAACGUACGGCGCCUCCCUCCCUCCCUCCUCCUGGCUUCUCCCCACCCUGCCUAGAGGAGGAAGGGGGCUGGGCUGAGCUGGCUGAGCGCCAUUUUCAGCAGCCCCUCUCCAGAGCCAGCCCUUUCGCGCCACUCAUCUUCCCUCCGUGGCGGCCGCCUCCCUGGUGCUCCUGUGGGCCAGAGAGUGGAGCGGAUGAGCUCGCUCUGCCUACCCAUGAGAAACAGCAGUGACGGUGGCAGCAGCCCCAGGGAAGGUAAGUGCAGUGGCUGGGGGUGGGUAAUGGGGAGGAGGACUACUUGGCCCCCCUCACCUCUUCUUCCAGCCCCCUCCGCCAGUGCUGCUUCUCCAACCUGCCACAAGGUCUGAGGCACAGUGGACUGGCCUGCAGCUAAAAAAAAAUUGCCAACCCCUGUUCUAUACCUACAAAGUCGCUUCCUGGAGGUGCUGCUAGUGCAGGGGUAGCCAAUGGUAAUGCUGAGUGGGACUGAUGGGAAGUUGAAUAGCAACAUCUGGAGAUCAUCAUGUUGGUAACCACUUGGGUAGAGAGAAAGAAUCAAAAAGUACCUGGUGUGACUCUUCCCUCUUCCUUACUGGAUGAUUUUAGACAAGCCUCAGUCUCAGCCUUCCAUCUGCAAUAUGGGGAUAACAACACAAAACUCCAUGAUAGGAUGGUAAUUUUGAGGAUAUUGCUAAGAUAUUGUGAUAAUACAUUUUCUACAUGCUAAAAGUUAUAUAUUAUGAAAUUUCCAAUGAAACUCCAGAAUAGCAAGCUCGACUUCAUUUUCUUCCACAAGCUAGAGAAUAGGAAGGAACAUGAGUCUUGCAAGAGAGCUACCUGAUGAGCUGUUCCCUAAAACCAUCCUCAUUUCAAUGCCUGACGGCUUGCUUGCAUACCUAAAUGCAGAACUGGGCAAGGCAUUCUGUACUCUUGGUGACUUUGGGCAUCUGGCAGGACUUCAAGAACAGGCAAAAUAAAUACAAUUCUCCCUCUCUCCCUCCAUGUGACCUGGAAAGAGAACCUGGCUCUGAUUCAUUAUAGCCCUGAUGUUGAUGUAUAGGCAACCCUGAAGAGAUGCUAAAUCUUUGGAGAAAGAUCUUUAAGCUCUUUGGAAUAAAACAGAACAUACACAUUAAGCCUCUGUGGGUUUUAGACCUUGUAGAGUGAUGAUGGAAAGUUAUCCCUACUUAAGGGAUAACUGCAAAGGCACCAGUCCACAUCUGUGUCUUUAAGGCAGGGUAGACUGAGUGGUAUCUGUACAAUUUUACUGGGGGCACUGUCCCUGCACUAGUUAGCAAACUUAAGUAGUUACUUGGUCUGAUCUUCCCUGUUCUGCAGUGCCACCCUCAUAAUGGGCAAACAGUACUGCAGAUUAUCAACUAAUCCUGACCUGAGUGCAUUAUUAGCAGGAGCACCCAACGAGACCAACAGCGGGCACAACAGCCAAGAAAGCAGUUUUUGCAUGUGCUGUAGAGAGAAGUGAGGGGCAGAUGGAGCUCAUCGACCUGGGAAGGUAGCCCAUCUAGAAGAAGGAAGACCCUGAUCUGAAACCUCUGCUGCCUUGCAAGAUAUCUUCCAAGAGAAGAAAGGCUAAGGACAAAAUCCUACACAAAUCCGGAGUCCCUAAGAUGGUUGGAUGCUACCUUAUAUGCCACCUCCUGGCAGCUCCUGUAGCCAAGCUGUUGCCAAACGUAUUGCUCUGCUUUCCUUUGGACCACACCCAGUUAGGCUGAGGGUAGGGGGUCUUGUAGUCUGGGCAGCCCAGGACCUCCAUACACACUGCCCAGGCUUGCAUACCGAGGCGGUCACUUUGAUGCUGCUAACACAGGAGUUUGGCUUCACCCCCAGAGGCACACUCCAUUGUUCUUUGAGACAGAUGCCAUCAACAAUAUGUGCACGUAUUUUCCCUUUAAACAGAACUCAAAAGCUUAUUCCCUAUUUAAAGCCUGCCCUGUUUUGCCAUUCUCUUCUAGUUCUGCAUUCUAAGAUCUUUGUCUACCUUUUCACCUAAUGGCUGUUUGCAGGUUGCACAUUGUAGUGAUGGCACAGAGCGGCUGAACAAGACCCAAUAAGAGAAGCAACCAUAAUAACCCCUGCAUUGCUUAAGGGGAAAGGCAGCUUACUGAACUGCAAGAUUUUUUCUCUCACUCUCCUUUUUGGACAAAGGCUAUUUUAAACUUCAGUAGCCGUCUGCUCCCUUCAGGGCACCUUGAAGCAAUGUAAUUAUUGAGCAUUUCACUGCACCAACCUGUAUUUAUCUUCCCUUCUCAUAGAGUCAAAAUACAGUCAAUAUUCAAAUACAGAAAUCAGUGGCUAAGAAAGCAAAAUUCCGCCUUAUGCCGUGCUUCAGUGUAAACUGAUACUGAGGGGCUUAGUCAAUCAGCUGAGAUCAGGUCCUGUAGUAGCAGUCCCAGCAUCAGGAUAUCUCCUCACUGUAGACUUAUCCACAUCUAGCUUUUGCCCUACUCUUUCCAGGAACAGGGGCACACUUAAAAUCUCUGUGUCCAAGUGGUUUGUUUGGGUUUUUUUCCUUCUCUGCAAAAACUUGCUCUUUAAAACUCAAUUGGAACAAACGUCAAUUCAGGUUACCUGUGGUUUGCCACUUGCUCCGAUCAAACUUUAAAAAGUGUUUUUUCACAGGGAAAGAUCCAGAACCAAAACAAAAAACACCCUCAGAAACAGAGCAUCUCAAUAUUUUCAAGGCAUGACAGAAAUAGCUUUGCAUUUUGAACACAGAUGAAAAUUGUCAUGAUGUCUAAAAGGACAGUGGGAUUCAGCAGCAACAGUGCGCGUAAUGAUAAGCCUUCCGCAAGACUGAAGGCAUUAUUCCUUGAUGUCUGGUUUGGCAACAUGGGAAAAGGUUCUCUACGCUCCUGGUUACUCCAAGAAUUCUAAGUGUGUGCCUAUACUCAUUCAUAAAAAUGCACUUCUUUCAGUGUUACCAACUGCAAUGGAUUCAGUUGGGCAUUUUCUUUCUUUAGUGGCAAAGACAUCAAAUAUGACAUUUGCUGCAGUGCACCUAUGGGGAAUAAAUUUGGGCUCUCAUAAGAACAUAAGAGCCUCCUAGAUCAGGCCAGAGGCUCAUUUAGUCCCGUAUCCUACUCUCACCGAUGCCCAUGGGAAGCCCAUAAACAGGCCACAAACACAACAGCACUCUGCCCACCUGUGAUUCCUGUAUUGUGGCCAAUGCCUCUGACGGCUAUUGUAGAAGAUUGCCACUGCGGUUAUGAAUUUGCCCAAUCCUCUUUUAAAGCCAUCCUAACUGGUUGCCAUCACUGCUUCCUGGAGGAGUGAGUUCCAUAGUGUGCUGCCUUUUCUUUGUUAAUGCUUUCAUUUACCACGCGUGUUUGUGUCUAUUUAUGAACUGUCUACUUUGAGUGCUUUGGCAUCUCCUAAAUUGUUGGAGGAAAUUUUUUAGUCUUCUCAGAAAGCUAAAUCCAUGACUGCUGUUUAUAAAUACUUUUUUGGCCCUUUGUAAAGCAGGUGUGCAGAAACUGGAGAGUUGCGGGAUAAGGAAUUAAAAUAUGCUGUACAUGCUAAACAAUAGAAAAUUGUUUAGAAACUAUAAGGAACGUUGCUUUAGAUUUGUAACUGAGUCUGCUUCAGCUUAAAAUUAUGUUUUAGGUAUAUACAGGAAGGCACUGUCAAAUACAUAUAGAUACUGAAAAUGCCUCAUUGGAGCAGGGGAUGUUGGCAUGUCCAGUGAUACAUUCUUUUUGCUUUCAAUAUCUAUUUUGUAUUGGUGAAAUCUUUGAUAUUUGCUGAUGUUCAAGCACUUUUAAACUAUAUUCCUGUAGUAUGGAGGUUAAUAACACACCAACAAAAGUGGAUUCUGAAUUGCAAAAAUGACAUAAGGAGAACCUACUGGAUCAAACCAUUUCUGGUCCAGCAUCCUAUUCUGUGGUGGCAAACCAGAUGCCUGUGUGAAACCCACAAGCAGGAUUCGAGCACAAGAACACUCCUCGGCCAUGUGGUUUCCAGCAACUGAUAUUCAGAAGCAUACUAAAUCUGACAGGUAGAAUGUAGCCAUUGGGCUACAUUCUCCACCCUGACUUUGUCUAAGCCUCGUUUAGAAUCAUCCAAGUCAGUGGCCCUCACUGUUUCUAUCAUGUACUUAGGCAAGGCUUUCUCUUUAUCUCAGACUACACACACACACAUGAGGAAAACAAAACUGACCUUCCUUGCACGGUUGUUAUAAGGACUGCAACAAAUUUCUAUGGACCCUUGAGAGCACCUUGAGAGUGUUGAGUAUUAUUCAUUAUCCGUGCCCAGAGAAGUGUGACAUAUUCAGAGGCUUCUAGAUCCCUUUGUGCUCCUGAAGACACACACACACACACACACACACACACACACACACACACUUCAUUCUUCCUGGUACUAUCCAAGGGGCAGACCAUUUUUUAAAAAUAGUUAGCAAGUUCAUAAUUAUAUCCAACAUACUCACCAAUGCUUCCGACGUGUGAGUGCUGCAUUUGCCUUCAGAAUUUCCUCUGGGGCAUCAAAUACAUGUCAAGCUGCGUCCUGAGCAAUAGAAAGGUCUCCCUGUGCAAUCUGGCUCUGCAUACCUCACUGGAGUCUAAGGAGGCUUAAUUGUUUCCCUGGGAGCAUGAGGACGUCAUGCAUGUGAUGAUGAAGAACUGUCUCUUUCCUUUCCUUUUCCUUUUCCUGUCUUUAGCCUAACUAUAUCUCACCCGUGGACUUGAACUGAGCUUUUAAUAUUCACGGGCUGUUUGCUGAGCAUUCAAAUGCAUCCAGGGGAUGCAUUCUGACUUUAUACACUUGUGUUUUGCUUGAGCCCCACAGGGAUAAGCAAAUAUGAGUUCUCUCUCUGCCUCUCUCCAACUAUUUUAUCAGAAGUGGCCAAUUGUAUUUUAUUAAUAUUUGGCCUUGUUUCCAGGUUAUGAAGCACCUCAAGCAAGAAGCCUUGAGUAGGUCCCUAACCUCAUUCCCCUGUCCCGUCCAACCCCAACAUGCACACACCACAGCAUUGCCACCUCCUCACUUUGAGAACAAGAGCAUAGAAAGUUACUUUUAUACUGAGUCAGAUCAUUGAUACUUCUAGCUCAGUAUUGCCUCCACCAGCCUCCCCCAACUUGGUGCCCUCCAGAUGCCCUGGACAACCACUCUCACCAACCCCAGCUGGUGGAGGCUGUAGUCCAGAACAUGGAUGUCACCAGGCCAGGAAAACAUGUCACCAGGCCAGGAAAAGUUGGUCUACACUGGUUUGCAAUGGCUUUCCAAGGUCUCAGAGAUGAGACAUUUGAAACCCAACCUGGCAAUGUCAGUGAUUGAACAUACAUGCAUAGCAGAUGCUCUACACCCUUUACUAUUUUUGCUGCCUGUUCAAUUCCCCAGCAAAGUGGUGGGCAAACAAGCAGAAGAGCAAGUGGUGGUGAAGAAGAGCAACAGCUGUCCCUUCUCUGGGAAAGGGGAGGGGGCAGGUGAAGGUGAGUGCCAAGAGUCCAUCACUGGCACAUCCCUGCAUAGAAGGUGCCCCCCAGGUAUUGCUGCUUGCUGCAUCUCUGUUGGAAGAGAGCAUUCAACCAUGUGGGACCAGCGACACUAAGUGCCCAACAUCUAAGUUGAGCGUAGUCAGGCCUCUGUAACAUGGGAGACAGCUAAUGGCACUCCUCUGGGGAUUUGCAGAGAAGUUUUACAAUGCUGUGUUUCCAGUACUUUUCCCCUUCCACUUCCCUUCUUGCAAAAGUCCAGUUUUAGGGGAAGUGGGGUUUGUUGUGCAAGAGCCCUAAAUCAAUGUUAAUUGUACAACCUGAAUUUGUCAGUACCCAACUGAAUCCUACCAGAAAAUAGCAUCAGUCUCCAAUGCUUUAACAAUGUGCUCCAUAGCCUUUUAACAAGGCAGCAGAGGUUAAGGAUCAGAGUUUUCCUUCUUUUCCUAGAUGAGUUACCUUCCCAGGUUGGCAAGCCCCAUCUGCCCCUCACUUUCCUCCACAGCACGAGCAGAAACCACAUUAUUGACAGUUGGACUCACUAUUGGGGGAAAAAGAUGAAGAACAAGAAAAGAUAGUGAGAGAAGUUCACCCUAAAAUGCUGAUGAAUUUUUAUGAUGGCUUCUUUUUAAUUGCCAACUGUUGUGGAAAUGUGGAAAACAAAACUUGAAUCUGGAACAAUGAAGAACUGAGAGAAAUGUUACAAAUAAGAGGCUCUUUUGAUCCAUUUUUAGCUGGUUCUUUAGGAGAAAGGAAAAUUAGACUCAGAGAGACUCAGCAAAACAUUUUUAUUGUAUACAUUAAAAUCGCAGUCCCUAGCACACGCGCACACACAUUCUUAGUCAUGCUCACCAACUCUACACCAGUAGCUGAUCAGGCCAUGACAAGAGGACGGGUGGCAGGCAUUGCAGCGCUGGGAACAUGGCACACCUUUCCACUGGAAAGUCCCUUCUUUAUAGACUUUCAAUCAGACAUUCCAGCUCUGGUGAUUCACCACCAUCUGUUCCUUGUCAUAGUUGUUCAUCAUGUUCCAGAGUUCAUCACAUCAUCAUUCGUCAAUCUUGCUCAACACCCAUCCUUUGUUAUCAGCCUGUUCAUACGUCAAGUCUCAAGAACUCAGCACUUCUUCCCCACUUCACUUGCCUACCACAAGUCUUAAUGAGACUCAAUUUUAGAGUGGUGUUCUUCAGCCUAAAAACAGGCCUACACUCAUUCCUUCAUUCAUAUCAUAAAUGUCUAAUGAAUGUGAUUAUUAUACUCAUUACAGGAACCAGUAUUGACCAAGAUUUGCUCAUCCUUACCAACACAAGCAUCAGUCCCAGAAUUAAGGUUGAAAAUUCUCCAGGUUAAGCUGAAAUUGUGGCAGAGUAGAAGACAGGACGUGUUGCUGAACAAGAAGCAAAUGAAAUAGAGGGACUCUUCUCCCCCUAAUGGAAACUCACUGAUAGCUCUUCUUCUGCCAUUUGUGCUUGUAGCAAUAAAUUUCCUCUCACAGAUAUUAAGGGUGCUUUCCUCCCCGCCUGUGUGAGAUGGGCCCAACCUGCUUGCAUAGUUUAUAUGCCAAGUGACAGGCAAAAUGGCAUCCCAAGAGGCCCCUUUAAUGACACGGUGGAAGCCAGCGUAGCCAGAGGAAGCAGCAGAGACAGCAGCCUAGAGCAUCCUCUCAUCCUCAAGUCAGACCUGACAAGCAAAAUUAACGUUCUCUCUUGCGGCUGAAUUAAUUAAGCAAAAUAAGAUAUAGAAGGCAAGCCAGCCCCUCCUUCAUGCUUGCAUUUUCCUUCACAACCUUUCCUUCCUUCUCUCCUAACCCUGAAAAUCAGAUCUAUAUAAUUAAAGAGAUUCGCCUGGGAAAGUGGCCAAAUGCUUAAAAGAAAUGCUAAAAAUACAAUCGACAAGCGGCGUUACUCUGCACCAGCUAUUAUUCAUGAUGCUCAUCAGGGUUGCAGUAAUCAAGGUGCUCGGGAGGUAAUGGCACUUACAAAAAUUUGGUCUGGCUACUGAGUAGCUGAUGGCCACAAUGUUAAGGAAAACAAAAGACCUGGCAGUUUGCAGUAAGACUCAUAAGAAGAGCCUGCUGGAUCAAGUCAAUGGUCCAUCUAGUCCAGCAUCCUGCUCCCACAGUGGCCAAACAAAUGUCUAUGGGAAGCCACAAGCAGGACCUGAACACAAGAGCACUCUCCCUUCCUGUGGUUUCCACCAACUGGCAUUCAGAAGCACUGCUUCCUCCAUUCAGAAGCACUGCUCCCUCCAUUCAGAAGCACUGCUUGCCUCCACACUUUUUUUUUGUCCCAGCACUUUCCCCUCAAAACCCCACUCUUUAAUGCUGAAUCAGAACAAACAGCAAUUCCUGUUUUCAACAGAUUGCCCUUUGCUCUGAUUCAGUGGUAAAAAAGUGGGUUUUCGAAGAAAAGCACAGGGAAGUUCUCAAACAUGGCCCUUUAAAGGGUGGGCAUGCACCUAAAAACACAGCACAAAAGGAAGUCUGGAUGAGCCCUCCAGAGUAAGGGCAUGAUCUCUUCAAUGCAGGAUAAUUGCAUUUUCAACAUGUAGUUAUCAGUGUCUGCUUCUCAAUCUCUUUCUCCCAUGGAACGGAGAAAGAUCCUGGAAGAUACUAGAAAAGAGGAUAGAUUAGCCACUCCCCAUAUGUGAUUGCAUGCUCACCAGCCCCAGCCAGCAUGGCCAAUGGUCAGGGGUGAUGGGAGUUGCACUACAAAUACCUGGAGGCCACUACUCCCAUGAAACAUUAGACUGGGGAAAGAAGGAUGGAAAUAGGCCUUUUGCCUUCCACCUUUUGGAUUUAAAUUGUUUCUCUGGAGACACUGAGGGCAAAGCCCAUGAAAGAGCCGGUCAAGUUCUGAGUCUCGAUGGUCCUAUGGGCAAAAUACUAUCAGGAAUUUGCUAUAAUGAAUGGACAGUCUUAUCUGACAGAGAAGGGACAGUGAUAUAGAGAAGAUAUAUUCAGCUAAUCUAUUUCUCAUAUGAAAUUCCCUGCUGGUGCUUUCAAAGCACCGCUUUUUUUGACCUGUGACCUUCACAGUGCUCUGAUUUAUCUGGAUAUUGCAAUCAAAGCAGAACAUAUUUGAACUGAAUUCGGACAAAUCAAAGAGCCACUCCAGGCUUCUCCUGUCAGGCAAUUUAAUAGAAGAGAUUUUUAAAAAUCCCGCUCUAUUCUACGCAUGUGCCUUCUACCAGAGGUCCUCAUUAGCUGUCGCUGUUUCAUUUCACGGGACUGUUGGCUGCAUAUGGACAAAUCUGUCAAUUUUGACUUCUCUCAGGUUUUCAUUUUUAAAGUCUUAGGUUCCAUUCAGUUCAACGCAUUCACAUAGUAGUCUGCCUUUUUAAAAAAGAUACUCAAAUAUUUGUAUGCAUUUUAAUUACAUUUCUCUCAAGAAACACCUUUCACACACUUUCAUACAACUACUAAUACAGCAUACACAUUUUUGCAAGCCCUAAUAGAAUCUGUUUUUGCAUGUUUCUUUCACUAAUCAAUCCAUUUCCCCUUACUACAUUUGUGUCCACAUUUUUUUCAAUAGUAGACUGCAUGGCAAAAUUCAGGGAAGUGCUAAUUUCAAACAAUAGCUGUGUUUUGCUCUUCAUAUUGGUUCAGGAAGUGCAAAUUUGUUGGGUUCACAUUAAAAUUUGAAUUGAUACAUAUUUUCCUCCAUUACUGGUGGGGUUUGGGGAGGCUUGUUUUGCUUUUCAUGCUUUUCAUAACCUUAAUAUUCAACUACAGAAUGCAUAUAGACAAGAUGUUGGGGAACUAAAGCCCAAGAGAACCAGAAAGGCUACAAAAUACAACAUGUGGACAAUACAUUUACAAAACAUUCAAAAUCCUUACAAAAUGGGCAGCACUGAUCUUUCUGUUAUUUUUACAAACUAAAAUUCAGAUAUCAAACAUCCCUCCUUUCUUAUUUUGAGGGUGCCACACUUUGGAAUGUUGGAGAAUUCCGUGAAAACAGAAAAGGGAGCAGAAAUUGUCAGGAAUGGGAAUCAAUUCAGUGAAUAAAAUUAAUAUUCGCUGUUGUUUUUACUUUCAGUCCACAAACAAUACCAGAUUGAUUAUGUCUUUUCUCCUUUUGCAUUGCAUUUCCUCUGCAUUAAAAUGAAUGGGGUGGAGUAAUUUACAUAAUUUGUAUAAUGAAUUCCAUAUGCUCCAUAAUUUCACCGCAGCAGACCGUGAGAUGAAUAAUGUAGAUUUUAGUAGAAGUCGAACUGGAAGAAUGGAAACAGUGCUGCAUGCAAUCAAUACAGGGCAGAAUGGGAAACGAUUUCUUCUACAUCCCUACCACCCCUUCCCAGUCAACAACCUACAACCCCCUCCAAAGCAAGAGAUGCAUUUAUUCAUCAACCGAACCAUUACCGUUGCCAUUGUUGUGUGGAAGAAUGGGGGUGCAUGUGCUAAUAAUACUUUCAGGUGGCACCUGGCUUAAUUUCUGGGAACUAAGAACAUCUAUACAUACAAAUAUUCCCCCAUGGAAUUCUUUGCACAGGCUUUAGUCUCCUUUGGAGCUAACCUGUGACUGAGGUGGUGCUGUGGCUCCCAUCUCAUGGCAAAGGCUCAAGGUACAAUGGUGGUGCACAUUAAGAGCCAUCCAAAAGCCCAGAGUGUCUCAGGUACUCAGAAAAGACCCCUGCCUAAUCUUGUCUUCACUGCUAGAGAACUUGAACUUGACUUCCUGUUUCAGCCCAUAUCUUUAAUAUAUAUAUCUGAGUAAUAUGUAUAUCUGAGUAUAUAGGCAAAGUAAAAGGCACAGCAGGUAAAUUGCAUGGCUAAGCACAAGAUGAGAGAGAUCUUGUUCCAAUAAGCAGCAUGCGCCUGUCUCUUUUAUUUGAAGAAGUGGGUGGGCACAAGCCUUAGCAUGACAGUUGUCUUGGGACUGGGCAAGCAAAUGGGCAUCCCUGAAAGUGGGUUGGGCCUGUGAGAUUUGUUCACACCAGCACUGUCCUUGGAGAUGGAGAUGGAGUCAGUGCUGACUCAGUAUCCAAUUUAUUCUCAGGUGCCUUCCCAGAAGGUGGAGACUCCUUACAGACAGGAGGAGGAAACCAUGGCAGCUCCACUUAGGAGGUACCCUGACAAGAGGUGUCCAAUAGCACAAGGGAGGGAUGCCUCUCUGCUCACCUGCUUAGACCCUCCAGGGGAUGUCCAGUUGCAACUACCUGAUCUCCUCCCACUCUGCCUCAGGAUCUGACAAUGUCUGAGGCUUUGGAGAUCCAUUGCCAGUACAAAUUUGCAAAUAAACUUUACUACCCGCAGGCAGAAAAGAUACCUCGACCCAAUAUCUUUUCCCCUGAAAGGGGAAAAAGCAAAACAUUUUGAGAGGGCAUUUUGAAAAGGAGAAAUCACCUGCAGGGAAAGGCUUAAGUAUUCCCCCUCCUUAUAGCCACUGCAGAUUUCUAGCCCCUUGCCUCUUGACAAUGGCAUUUGAACAAGUAAGAAACCAUUAAGACAAAUCAUGUGAGAUGAACUGUGGGUCUCCAGCAUCCUUUCUAGGUUGGCCUUCGAGGACAAAUCAUGAGAUAGGUGUUGAAAGCAUCAGGGACAAUCAGAGUAGCUGGUUUGACAUUUUGCACACUUGGAAAUCCAAUCCAAGUUGGCUCUUAUGAACUUUAUUCUUUUGAGGGAGAAAAACCUACAGUUGCAAAAGCAAGGGAAUGGGGAAAAUUCCACUACACAUAGAGAAGACAGCAUUAAGAGUCAGGGAUUUGCUAAAGGAUGUGUUGUGAAUUCUGCUGUCAUUUCUUCACAAUGAAGGAAAACAGAGGAGAAAUUAGCAUUUUGUGUGCGCAUGGUAUUUUUUUUUUUAAAAAAAAUGUAACAGACUGACUAACGCUGUCCAUUGUUUAUGCCUGAAAGAACUAAGAUAAAAAUAUCUGAGUGACAGCUAGGAAAAAGUGUGAUGAUGGUCAUGGGACAGAGUGGGGAUGUGGUCUGCAGGAGCUUGGAGAAAGGUUUCUAGAAUCAAACCUUGGGAUGAUGAUAAGGUCACCACGGAAACAAGCCCAUAGUGCAGAAUAUGUGCAGUAGGUUCAAUGGUUGUUGUUCUUUUAAAAUCAGGAAACUGAGCAACCUUUACAGAAGGAAGUCAGCAUGCAUUUGUCCAUGUUUGAAUGCUAAAUAAACAUAUGAACUAUGGAAGGGAUGGGAUAACUUUUUCCCCUAUUGAUAACCACAGUCCCUUGGGGGCCAUCUGUUGGGUCCAAGACCUGAAAGCAAGUGGGGCAGGAGCCAGCCAUGUGUGGGCUCCUUCUCCUCUCUCUCUCUGCUAGCCCUUCUCCCACUCUUUCUCUGUCACCUCCUUUCCCACCUGCAUGAAAUUAGUCCAGGGAUUGCAUACAAUGACUGGGAGCACUGCAAAUCACUAACUGCUGAUAUAUGACAUAUAAUGCAUUUGAGAGGAUAGGGUACAUCUCACUGUAACAACAAAUGUUUAAUGUUGCAACAUGCCCUGGCGCCUUAGGGCAAAGGGCAGGUAAUUGACAAUAAUAACAGCCAUAAUUCAGCAUUGUUCAGAAGUUUAUUUCUGUCUUAGGAGAGAGUUGUAUUCUCCCAUUCUCCCAUGCUGUGGAAGCUGUCAUGAGAACCAUCUGCACCACAGAAUUUACCACUCCUAGUGGAAGGAUAAUGCAAAUGAAAUGGUUGGGCACACAUGCAACACUGCAGCAUUAUAUGUAUGUAUGUACACAGUGUCUGUACAAAUGCUUCAAGAUGUUUUGCAUGUAGUGUUUACCCACACAUAUUAGAAGAACACUGCAAAAAACUAAUCAUUGUAUAACCAUCUGUACUGGCCCCUCAAUAUUGCUUUUUUUGCAGUGUUUUAUCAGUAUUAACAUGUGCAUCAGUAAUAGAGGGAAGUAAAGAUUGAAGAAAUGAAAGAACAUAAAACUGCAGCAAACUGGUAAUUUACAAAAAACAACAACCCUAAAUGCAUUCGUUUCACUUUAAAACACGUUCUUGCAAAAAUGUAUAAACUUUUGUUGAAAUUUGAAUCAGAAGAAAAAGGGUUAAUGGGUGCAUGAUUAAAUGGGCAAAAAAGGAACAGAUGGAACAUAUGUGGAAUAAGGGGUUAAAAUUUACGUUAUGUUAUGAUCAUAAAGAGAAGUUUUAUAAAAUGUUGUUAUCAUUGGUACUUAGCUCCUGAGAAAUUAUUUAGAAUGUACAGUGGUGCCCCGCAAGACGAAUGCCUCGGAAGACGAAAAACUCGCAAGACGAAAGGGUUUUGCGGUUUUUGAGGUGCUUUGUAAGACGAAUUUCCCUAUGGGCUUGCUUCGCAAGACGAAACGUCUUGCGAGUUUGUUUCCUUUUGAAGCGGGAACUGGGCUGGCAGGGAGCGAGCGAGGGAGCGACCUACCUUUUCCAGAGGGAUCCUCUUCUGGAGAGGGCACAGAGGAGGCAGGUGGGCUGGGAUCCAGCGGAUCUGGCUGGGUCUCUGUGCUGCCGCCGCCUCUGCCUCUCUCUCUCUCUCCCCCUCCCCACGUGGCUGCUCCAUUUUGCCCUAACUGCGCGAAGGCAAGAGGAGGCGGGACAAAGGAGGAGGAGAAGGAGGCAUCCACUGCGCUUGGGCCGCCGCGAAGGUGCCUUUGCGGGGGUGGGAAGAAGCCGGGAGCAGCUGCCGAGACUGUGGGGAGCCCGGCGGCGUGGCGCAAGGUAACGGGGGGAGCAAGGGAGAGUCCGCGCCGGGCGCUUCGUGCGUCCGCCCUCGGUUCCUGGGCUCGAACUUCCUUUGGCACCUCGUGGAGAGAGAGGGAGAGGAGCGGGCUGGGGCUUUGAUGUGGGACGCGGUUUGGCGGAGCGAAGACGCGGCAAGGCUUGGCGACAGAGGAAGGGGGGCUGUUUUCGUGGGGAGGUGGGAGGGGGUGUCUUUGCCUCUUCCCGGCAACAGAUCCUCCAGGCUGGAGAAACUCCUCCUGCUGGGGAGCGACCUGCUUUGUGCUUUGCCCACUAUCCCAUUAUAAUACAGUACCAGGGUGCAUCCGUGCUUCGCAAGACGAAAAAAUUCGCAAGACGAAGAAACUCGCAGAACGGAUUAAUUUCGUCUUGCGAUGCACCACUGUAUAAAGAUGUUUCAAAUGUUUGCUGGAAAUGCCAAUAACAUGAAGGAACAUUUUACCAUGCUUGGUGGAUGUAUAAAAAGGCUACAAAACAUUGGAUACAAACACAUACAUUGAUACAGCAGGUUUUAAAGGUUAACAUUCAGUUGAAGCCAGAACUUUUUCUUUUAGGGUUAAUGGAUACACAACUGGAAAAGGACUAUGAGAGAUUAUUUCAAUAUAUGUUCACAGCAACAAGACUGUUAUAUGCCCAAAGAUGGAAAGAUACCGCCCUACAAACUAUGGAGGAAUGGCUGAUAAAAUUAUAGGAUGGCAAAAGUAACACUUUUAAGUAGAGAAAAAUCAUUAUUGUCAUUUAUUAAGGAUUGGAAACUUCUUAUGGACUUUUUGCAGGACAGAGAAAAUGAAUUUGUAAUAUCUGGAUCUGAAGACUGAAAAAAUAUUGGCUUAUAGAAAAUAGAAUUGUUGGAUGUUAAUGAGUGAAUACUAUGUUUAGCUUCAGGACAGAGAACCAGAAGUCUUAUCUUUUUUAUUUAUUUUUUCUCUCUCUCUCCUUUCUUUCCCUUUCCCCCUUUCCCUUCCUCUUUGCUUCCAUUCCUUUUUAGAUUAAAUUUUAAAAGCAUUUACAGUAGUACCUCACAAGACGAAUGCCUCACAAGACGAAAAACUCGCAAGACGAAAGAGUUUUUCGUUUUUUGAGUUGCUUCGCAAGACGAAUUUCCCUAUGGGCUUGCUUCGCAAGACGAAAAACGAAAACGUCUUGCAAGUUUGUUUCCUUUUCAAUGCAUUCCUAUGGGAAACCGUGCUUCACAAGACGAAAAAUUCGCAAGACAAAAAAACUCGCAGAAUGAAUUAAUUUCGUCUUGCGAGGCACCACUGUAUUUUGGGUAUGAACUUUGGUAUAUCUUUCAACGAGUUAUCAAUAAAAAUAGAUUUUUAAAAAAAGGAAAUCAGGCUAGGUAAUCUGGAACUCCACAGUCAGGGGGAGAUAGUGGGUUGAGGAGAAUUUCAGAAAUUUCCAUAUGUUGUGGAUUCCAACUCCCAUCAGCUCCAGCCCCCCUGGCCAAUAGUCAAGGAUGGUGGGAGUUGUGCUCCAACAACAUCUGGAGGGCACAAGGUUGGGAAGGUUGUGGCUUUUAUUAUGUCAUAUACAGUGGUGCCCCGCAAGACGAAUGCCUCGCAAGACGGAAAACCCGCUAGACGAAAGGGUUUUCCGUUUUUGAGUUGCUUCGCAGGACGAAUUUCCCUAUGGGCUUGCUUCGCAAGACGAAAAUGUCUUGCAAGUCUUGAGAUUUUUUUUUCGCUCCCCCCCCCCUUUAUCUAAUCUGCUAAGCCUUUAAUAGCCUUUAAUAGCCUUUUAGCAGCUAAUCCCCUAAGCCUUUAAGCCUUUAAUAGCCGCUAAACCGCUAAUAGCACUAAUCCGUUAAGCCGCUAAUAGGGUUGCUUCGCAAGACGAAAAAACCGCUAGACGAAGACUCUCGCGGAACGGAUUAAUUUCGUCUUGCGAGGCACCACUGUACAAGCAUAACCUCCAGGGCCAUUCUUAAUAUUCAGCCAGAGAGGUUGUUGUACAGUAGCUUAGGGUGUGGGCAAUUCGCUGUCACCAAAAGCUGAUAACAACUUUGCCACUAUUGUUUUCUUGACUUUCUCUCCACACCCAGGACCACGCAGAUAUUGAAUGGAAGUUUGCACGCACCAAGCUCUGGAUGAGUUACUUUGAUGAAGGUGGCACUCUGCCACCUCCUUUUAACAUCAUCCCCAGCCCCAAGUCCUUCUGGUAUCUUUGCAAGUGGAUCCACAACCAACUCUGCCCGUCUCAGGACCCAGAGAAUGAUCAGAAAAAGCAUGAAAACCUGAAGACAUUCACGGUAAGGAGACAGUCCCUGCAAUCACUCUCAGGAAACUCUGCUUUGUCAUUUGGUUCUUUGCUUUUGAAUGGCAGGAUGAUAUUGUAAGUAGGGAUGGGGAAGAAAUUUUAUUCAGUUUGCGUUUAAAGGUGUAUCUCCCUAAGAUGCAGUUUAUGAAACAAUAUGAGAACUGAAACAUAGCUGGUAUCCGAAAUCUGCAAUUCUUCAAAGUUUGAAAGACAGUUCUCCAGCUCAGUAAUGUGUACAGUAAUGCACUCAUUAAGGUAAUGUGUGCAUAAAAAUGCAUAUAUUAGUGUACAUAACAUACAAAAUGCAGUGAGGUUUAGUGGUUAGGGUGUUAAACUAGGACCUGGGAGACCAGGGUUCAAAUCCCCACUCAGGGCUUUUCCAAACCUAACUUUUGCAGGGGUCCACACUUUAAAGCUUUGUGUCCGAGCACUCUUUUUUUGCCCCAGAUCUGUACCCACAAAAAUCCGCUCUUUAAAGCUGAAGUGCAACAAUCACUUGCUCUGAUUCAGUGGUAAAAAGUGGGUUUUUGCAUGUGAGCUGUGCCUGGAAAGAGAAGGGCAAAAGGUAAGCAGAUAAGCCCUCAUUUUGGUAGCUUGCACCCAGUUCUCCAAUCUGUUAAGGUCAUUUUGAAUUCUGAUUCUGUCUUCUGCAGCAUUAGCUACCCCUCCCAGUUUGGUGUAAUCUACAAACUGGAUGAGCAUCCCCUCUGUUCCUUAUUCCAGGUAGUUUAUAAAGAUGUUGACCAACGAUGGGUCCAGGACAGGGACCCUGUUGUGGCACUCCACCUGUCACCUUUGCCCAGAAUUAGGAGGAACCAUUAGUGAACAGUCUAGAUUUCAGCCAGUCAACCAGCUACAUAUGAUGUGAACACUGGCUUCAUUGGCUUCAAAAGGGGGGUCAGAUUCAGAGGCUGUAUACACACACACACACACACACACACACACACAGCCCUGUUGUGGGAGGACCUGACUUUUGAAGAAGAGCUGUAGCACAGUGGGUGGGAGGACAUCUGCCUCACAUGCAGAAGAUCCCAGGUUUAAUCCCCUGUCUGAAACCCUGGAGUGCUAUUGUAGACCAGACUGAGGUAAGUGGACCAAUAGUUGUGCCUCACCUUUACGUGUACCCAGGACUUCCAUCAGCAACUAGCUAACUAGUUCUCAUCCAGUGGGGCUCUUUUUGACAAAUUGCUUACAGCAAAAAAGUUGAAAAUAUGAUGGUCACCUGUUUAAUAUAUAUGCGCCUCUUUCAUUUCAGGAACGUCAUGCUGACAACUUGAUUCAGAAUCAGCACUAUCAGGUAAAAUACAUUAAUUGAUGAAGCAGUUUAUUUGCAUUUCCUUGCUCUGCAAUGAGCUUAGAGCCAAAGAGUUUCUUUAUACUUUGCAAAAAAAUUGGGUGUGGCCUGCAGAUUUUUAAGAACUUCCCCCUCCCCCUAUUUAAAUGACAAAUCUAACAUGUGCAGCAACACCAUAUCAUCAACUGCUUUAGAAGCAUUUCUCUGUUCCAGUAGAGGUUUGUCACAUAGUGGGGUCCUGCAAAUAAUAAUAAUAAUAAUAAUCCAAAGCUCCCAUGGGUAGGCAGAAUGAGUUCCCUCAUUGUUUAGAUCCAGGUUAUGACUUUCUGUUAUACUUUCUUUUGGCAUCCGGUUACAACUACAAGGAGUAUUCUUAGUUCGUGAGAGUUAAUGCAAAAGUGUGAUGAUAUUCGGUUUGCAUUAAAAUCUUAGUGUUUCUAAAAUUAGACUGUAGAACUGAGUAUGUGCAGUUUGCAGCAGGUUUCAGGUCACUUGGUUCAUUACAUCUCUUUACCCAUGUUCAUUGGCAAAACACUGCAAAAAGCCGUCUGGCUGUGAUCAUGCAAACCGCAGAGGCAUGUACUGGUAAAUAAAGAAGUAUUUUUUUAUUAUAGCAGUCUAAUGGUGUAAACUCAGUGGCCAGGAAGGAGCAGGGUCCAGGUGCUCUUGCAAGACAAAGGAAUAGCAAUGAUUUAUCUGGUUUGAGAGCAAGGCCGAAGACUCAGGAGGACAAGAUUAGUAGCAAGAGUUCCAAGACUGCAUGGGAGCUGCAAAGCUGUCCAAACAAGUUUCUCCACCUUCCAUGUGCACCUUCUGCACAAACCCUGUUCAAUGUACCAGAGUCGUGCUAUUAGAGCAGGGAUGGGGAACCUCAGGCCCAUGGGCUGGAUGUGGCGUUUCAGACCUCUCUACCUGGUUCUUGGGACUCUCCCUAAGUCCCUCUGUCCUCUUGCCUCUGACCCUGAUCACCACAGGUAUGUGGUCCUUGAAGGGUUCCCCAUAUAGCAUCUGCAUACAGAACAAGGCCUUGAGGAUUUGAGCGUUUUCCAUCAUAGUUUUUCGCAACCCUGAAUUGCAUUUGUAGCCUGUUUGGCAUCACUAAUUCUUCCAAUUAAAAGAUUUACUAAGAUUAAAGGAUUUACCAUGCCAUCAGCUCAAACACAUUAUGCUAGAUUUUUGAAAAUAACCACUGAGAUAUCAGAAGCUCAGAUACACUUUUAGAUGUGGCUCCUUCUCUGUAGCUGCAACAGGUUGGAGUCUAGCUUUUGCUUGUGGAACAACCUAGGAGGAACAAAACAUCCAUCCUGGCCUGGCCUGUUUUUACUGUUACUCAUGGGACUGUAUCGGGGGAAAGGCUGUAGCUCAGUGGCUAGAGCAUCUGCUCUGCACCCCAAAGGUCCCAGAUUCAACCUGCAGCAUUCCAGACUGGGAAGGGCUCCCCAUGUGAAACCCUGCAGAGCCACUGCCAGAGCUUAGUGACCAAUGGUCUGACUCAUUAUAAGGCAACUUCCUACAUUAUUUUGCAUUCAAAAAGCAACACUUGAAUAGGGAGAAGUAGAGAGUGAUAGGUUGUGUGGGAAAUAGUUUGCCCCUUACUUCUGGGUCCUAAAUAGAGUUGCCAGGUCAGGUGCAUCCCAGACCCUAAGAUUUCAUGACCCCAAACUGAGACCUAGGAAUGGCCACUGGUGAUGGGCCCUGGAAACAGAGGUUAAUUGGUGGUGAAGUGUAGGAGGGAAGACACACACAACCCAGAGUAUCUAUGCACUGUCUUGCUUUUUAUCAAAGGCACUCCCACCCAGUUGGAGGGGGCCAGGCAAACUGGAGAUUUCAGGGACAACUUGAAGUUCCUAGCCACAGUAUUUAACUCCCUACACUUGAAAUCCUGAAUGCUGAAAUAUAUGUGGCGAGAUGUGGCAGCUGGAUCCUGAGCUCCCCCACUCCCUACAGGCCACUCAUUAAAAAUACUCUUACUGAAUUUUAACAGAUACAAUACAUGCAAACAAAACUUGGCAACAAAUUAGGAUUUACUGAAAUAAGACGUGCUCUCUUUCUACAAUAAAGAGUUCUGACUAACAUUUUGUGCAUUAUUUAUAAUCCUACAAUAUGAAAACAUGCUGUGCACCAAUUAGUUUUACAAAUGCGAAACCUGCAAAUAACCUCUCCAUAAAGCAUCUGGGAUAGUGGUUAUUGUAACAGAACUCCAACUCACAUAUGGCAAAAAGCACCCCAAAAGAUUUCAAAUUUGUCCUUUUUUUGCAGCUCUCUGCAGGCCAUUUUGACAGGUAGUCAGAUGCUCACCUGGCAGUCAUCUGGCUUCACCAACAUCAGCAGGCGAUGGCUCAUAGACAAUUACAACAAGCCCCAUUUGGAGCAUGGACUGGGACCACUGUACUACUACCAACCCCUGCAGGGCUUGCUGUCAGCAACUUAAAGCAAGCCCCACUUUGGGUUGGAAUCAGGCAUACUACAGAGUUCCCAGUUAAGAACGCCUUUAUGUAGCUGACCAUCGAACAGCUGAUAAGUUCUGACAGGAAGCCUUGCCUGUCAAGGAAGGGCACUUUAAGGCUCCCAAUUGUUCCUUUCAUGUCUUUACUUGAUUGCUGGGAUGUGGGUGGCGCUAAGGUGUAAACUACUGAGCCUUGGGCUUGCUGAUUGGAAGGGUGGCAGUUCAAAUCCCCACAACGGGGUAAGCUCCCAUUGCUCGGUCCCAGCUCCUGCCGACCUAGCAGUUCGAAGGCACAUCAAAGUGCAGGUAGAUAAAUAGGUACCACUCCGGCAGGAAGGUAAAUGGUGUUUCCGUGCACUGCUCUGGUUUCACCAGAAGCGGCUUAGUCAUGCUGGCCACAUGACCCAGAAAAACUGUCUGUGGACAAACAUUGGCUCCCUCAGGCAGUAAGGCGAGAUGAGUGCCACAACCCCAGAGUUGUUCGCGACUGGACUUAACUGUCAGGGGUCCUUUACCUUUACCUUUUUUAGUCAUGUCUUUACUUGAUCUGUGAACUCACAUCACAUCAUAUGUGAAGCAGAUGGGUGUUGUUUGCGGAAAAUGGGCUUAUGGACCAAGUUAGGAUUUCUGCAAGGCCUAAUUUGGAGCACAGGCUAUAGGUUCAACAUCUACUGCCAUAAGAUGUGAUAAGAGAUAAGGAUGGGGAAGAAAGUCUUUACAGCUAGUCAAUCUGGGAAUGUAGCUCAUCUAGAAGAAGGAACACUUUGAUCUUAAACCUCUGCUGCCUUGCGGGAUAUUUUUAGGAGAGGAAACGACUAAGGAGUAAACGUUACACAAACCUGGAGUGCAGUCCCUAAGAUGGUUGGAUGGACCCUUGUUUGCCUUCUUCCAGCGACUCCUGCAGCCAAGCUGAUGCCAAACAUAUCACUCCACUUUCCUUUGGAAAUAUGCUAGGAUUACAUUCUGCUGCUUAGUUUCUCACAGACCUUUCACAUUAAGACUAACAGCCUUCAUAUUUGCACCUAAUUCAGCCCAUUAAUCAGUUCUCAUAACUAAUUAAUCCAUAUUUAGAAAUAUGUAGGAUCUAAUUAUAUUUCAAAUCAUAUUUCUAAAUAUAUUUAGAAAUAUAUAGGAUCUAAUAUAUCUCAAGGAUAAAUAUCUAACAUAUAUGUUUAAACUAGAAUUCAAUAGAUAUUAACUAUAUGUAGAAACUGUUUCCCAAACAAACACUAUGCCUUAAAACAAUAAUUAUAAAUAAUAAUAUAUAAAUAACAAAGAUAUCCCCAGUACAUGUUGGUUAUUGAAAGGGAAGAAAUAGAUGUAAAAUCAGAAUCAAUGUUGAUAAAAGGGAAGGUAUGAGAUUAAUGAAAGGGAGAAAAUACAGAAAGUAAGGGGGAAGGGGGGAAAUAAUUACAAAACACACGCACUCAUGCACACUCACACUCACUUGCUUAUAUGAAGCAACAAAAAGGGGAAAGAAACAAGACUAAACUAAGUAAGUGGGACUCAUAUAAAAAAAAUGACUUAAAAUGAAAAGGUGGGAAAGAAAAAAAGAGGAUGGGAAGGAUAAAAAAGGACUUCUUGCUUGAAUCCAACUUGUAACAGCUCUUUCCUUUUAAUAAUGAAAAUUAUGAUUCAUUCAUAUCAAAAAGAAGACGAAGAAGAAAAAAUGCUGUUGACAUCAUUCUAAGAUGGUAACCAAGGGGGGAAAAAGGAUUUCAGUUUCUUAUUAGCCUUAGUGACUUAUUUUUAUUAUUUAGCUAAAGAAGGGAAAAAGAAAUGAAUGAAUGCUAUAAAGUCACAGUUGUUAAGAGAAAAAAAAGAGAGAAUUGAAAAUUGGACAUCAUAAAACCUGGAUAAAUAAAAAUCUUCUUGUGCUCAGUUGGUAGCUCUACUUGGCAGACUUUUUGCAGUUAGUGCUUGGAUAUAGGGUGCUGCAUUCUUUGGUACUGUAAAUUUGUAUGUUUCCUUGCCCCUUCUGACACAGAAAAUAGCAGGGAAUCUGAUGUAGAACUGCAGAUUAGCUUCUAUUGCCAAGCAUCUUGCUUGGAGGAAACCACAUCUUUGAUCUGCAAGUUGUUUUGUGGAUUCUGGAAAUACGGAGAUUUUAUUCUUCUCCCAAAUUAGUGGCGUUUCUGAGGACUGUUCACGUGCCAUUCUUAUAACGGGGGGGAGCUUGUCAUCUGGGCAAGCCUAGGACCUCCAUACACACUGCCCAGGCUUACGCCUUGAGGAAGUGACUCCAAUGCUACUAAUGCAGAGGUUUGACUUCACCCCCAGUGGCACACUCCAUUGUCUCUUGAGACAGACGGAUGCCAACUAAACCCAAUUUACACCUCCGAAAAACAAUGCCUGAACCAAAAAACACAGUUGUCCUUUGAAAUCUGCACUCCUAAAGCAUGUGUAUCAAAGGAAAGUACAUGAAAAUACAUGUAUUGGUGGUGGAAAAGCAUAUAAAAUGCAUUAUGUUAAGAAAAUUGCUUCUAAUCUAGUAUAUUAAAAGAAACACACUGAGGACUUUGUUAUGGCGAACUCAGGCAUUAAUGUGUGGCAAAGUAAAUUUAAGACUGGGAAAGUGAGAAACCUGAGGAUAACUGACAUAUUCACCCACCCCUAUUGGUAGUGCCAAGGUGACUUUUUAAAGGGUAACAUAAAUUCAUGGUUGCGCUUCGAGGCCCCCAAGCCCUUCCCCUGAAAAUAACUUCAAACUGACACGUAAUUUUAGUUUAAGUUAUUGGGCAAAAUUCAGGCCACAACUUUAUUGAUUACAGCAAAGUGAGCGGUGUUGGCUUAGGCAUUGGCAACAGACUAUAACUGACUCCUGCCUCUCCGGCUGGAAGUCUGAAAGGGUAAACACCAAAUGAGGGAGCAACAUCGAUGAAGACCAGCAAAGCUCACCCCGGGGUUCCUGUGGUCCUGGCAUGGCCCUAGCCCCUCAAGUGGACUUUGGACGAGAUCCAGGACCCCCAGAUUCCUUUACCGGAAUACCUUUAUUCAUGGAGGGGCAGGUGAUGGCCGCACCUCCCCUCCCACACACUUCAAUAAGCCAAUGCCUAACCACCAAACCUUACAAAGUUGUGACGAUUGCUAAGAGGGUAGGCAAAAACCAAGUGGCUACAUCCAAUCUGCCAAAUGGAAAAAAUUCCUACCCAGCCCCUGCUCCAAAGCAGGCGACCCAAUCCAAAGCAAGGCCAAAGCAGUAGCACCUAAAAUUAGGGAGGGAGGGCGGGUGUUCGGCAACGCAAUGCAAGUACCCCCAGUUACACCACGCCGCUGCUUUUAUAGGCCCCAGGAAUCACGCCAACUGCCCCAAUUGGCCCAAACAACCUGGCAUGAUCCUGGGGUCCAAUGGUUAAGGCUUGGGCCAUGCCCGGCAACAACUCUCCCAGCGGGGGUGACUUAGGGGUCCACGCGCAACCAAGACCCUUGUUAAGGAGGAUCCCAUAUAUCAGGUGACAUCAAUGUCAAUACCUAAAUGGCACUCCCAUAUUCAAGGUCAGGAUGUCUCUACCACAGAAUUUUUCAAGUAAAAAUGUGGGUCAUUACCUUAAUAUCCUGCUUGCAGUGAUGGACUAUUUGGAUGUUCGUCUCAUCCAGCAAAAAUAUACUUAUCUUAUGCUCAGAACAUAUUCCACACCUUUCACAAUUCCACUCCUAUGCAAUUUUAUUCAGAAGCAAGCCCAACAGAUUUUGAUAGCAUUUGCUUCCUAGUGACUGUACAUAUGAUUGUUGCAGCCUCAAUGAGUGUGACUUAACAAAUGCAAUAAACUGUGCUAUAUCCUAAUGUAAAUUAAAGCACUUAGUUUGCAUAGUAAGUUCAUUUGACAAAGUAAACCAAUAAGAUAACUGAAGGGAUAAAUCAGUUUCACAAAAAACUGUAAGCAUAUUCAUUAAUCAUUUAUAUUAAAUUACUUAAAUCGCUCUAAUAAUCAAGGUUUUUUUAAGCUUGUAUAAUAAUUUUUUUGCAGUGCACCCAGUUUAUUUAUCACUAGACUCACAAAUCAAUUAGGCAUUUCAAUUAAUGUCCAUCCCAUUAACUCGACAGCCCUAGUUCAGUCUUUACUUGCAAGAAUUACUGCAGUUAAUUUGGCAUGUUUAAGGUGACUUACAACAUGAAAAAAUACAUAACUACAACACAGGAAAAGUAGUCAUAAACAAUAAAUAAAACAUUAAAAAAUACACACAGCAAAUCAAAAAAUUUCCACGUAAAUCAUAUGAUACAAAAUAAAGAUAUAAAAAUUAAUAUCAAUAAAAGCAAUAACACACAUCCUCAACAAAAACCCAUAAGCAAUUCCCCAGCCCAAGAGUCCAUUCAACAGCCUCAGCUUUUGUAGCUGGAGUCAGUCUUGGCCCUGCCCUUCCAGGCCUGGUGGAAAAGGGCCUUCAAAGCAGGGGGCAGGUCUUCCAGGACCCACAAUCAAGAUGGUCUCUGGCUCUGUAUGGUGUCCCCUUCCAGUAUACCCAUUAAGUGUAGAAGAACACAGAAAUGGAGAACACUUCCUGUUUGGGUAGAUAAAGAUUUCCAGGAUAACUCUGGGAGCACUUUCAUUUUCCCAGAGAUCUUUCCAAGGGCCACACUCGUAAGACGUGUAGCUGCUCCAUAAGUGAACUCUUAUGGAGGAAAUAAUCUAUUCAUUGUUUUAUUAUUUAAAGUAUUUUCAGCCUGCUCUUCAACAGGGAGAAAGGGUUCCCAAAGUGUCUUACAAAAGUCAGUAUGAAGGCCAGAAGUCCAAGGAGUUGUAUCAUGUAAAUGACCUAACUGAAAGGGACUACGGCAUAUCAGAGGCAGCCCUACACAAUAAAUUAGGUUAACAUAAAUUAGGUUAACAUAACAUAACAUACAGCACUUGGUUCCAAGUGACCCACAUUAGACCUUUCAUGAGCUCUGUACUGUCCAAGAGGUAAGGCGUUCAUUCCCAAACCCCAUUUGAAAACAUGUGCUUGCAAACCCCAGGGCAGCUGAAAGGCUCAGAGUAGCAGUUAUACAAACUGCUUAUUAAUAUCUUCGUAGUAUCCUCAGAAGGCUUGAGAGGAGCGUGGGAGGGAGAUACAGUGGACACUCGGGUUGCGAAUGUGAUCCGUGCAGGAUGCACGUCUGCAACCCGCAGCGGUGCGUCUGCGCACGCGCGGGUUGCGAUUUGGCGCUUCUGCACAUGCACAAAGCACGAUUUAGCGCUUCUGCGCAUGCACAACCACUGAAACCCGGAAGUAACCCUUUCCGGUACUUCCGGGUUUUGGCGGUCCGUAACCUGAAAAAACGCAACCUGAAGCGUCUGUAAUCUGACUGUAUGACUGUAUAGGGAUACAAAUAGAUAAAUCCACUUGGUCCUGCCCGCUUAUUAAGACAAUUUCCACCAAAACACAGGAAGCCUCCUUCAGGGUUUUCCUAGGCUAGCAUCGGACCCCUGUUUGGCUGCUACAUAUUCUGAAAGAUGUUGGCAAGCUUGUGGUCACAAUGAUACUUCCAUUCAUAUGUGGUGGGAAUGUGAAAAAUUAUCAGCAGUCUAUAUUCACAAACCAUUCUACAGAAACAAACCUAUCUCUAACCAAAGACCCAGAAUUAUCUCUCUUGGCCAUCAAAAGUGAUAUAAAUCCCACCCUUGUACACAAGGAGCUGCUAGCUCUCCUGCUAGCUGCAGCCAGCCUUGACAUCCCCAAACACUGAAAGUCUGCAUUAGGACCCUCUAGGGAUGGAAGGCUUGAAAGGGUGUGGGGUGUUGCCUUGCCUGAGCAUUUGACCUCUCAUAGGAGGAUACUAAGAGGAGUUAUGAAAUGAGACCAUUUUGUAGUAGAUGGGCACAGCUCGGCUGGGCAGUCUAGUAAUGUAUUUCCUUCGCAGCUCACUGAACACUAACAGAGGUAAACAGGGCUGAGCUUUUGCCCACUCAUAUCAUCUGUUUCACUUCUUUUCACUGAGUGUGCUUUUCUUUCCAAUAAAGCAAGCAAUACAAUUUAUGGCUACCCAGCCAUUUCAUCUAUUAUUGCUAGUUAACCGCCUAGCAUGGAUCCUAAGAUCAGUUAAUGUACAUUCCCAACAGGAAAGUCUUUCCUGCUUUCCCCCUACAGCCAACUAUGCGAUUAUAACUGUGGGCAAUUAUCCCCUCCACAAGGAGGAGAAUUCUGCAACACUCCAGAGUAGCUUCUCGGGAGCACAGAUGGCUUCAAUGAGCAGAGGGAGACGAACUAAGAAAACAAAAAGUUAAAUAGCAUGGAAUAACUUUAGAGUGAUGCCUUCUCUGUGUGGAUUGUCAUAGGAUGAGUUAGCAGUGAACAUUCCCCACACACUUAAAGACUAUGGAUUAGUGGUGGAACAUUUGCUUCACAUGCUAAAACUUCCAGGCUGAUUCCCGUGUGUCUCUUCAGAGGAGACGCUAUGAAUGCCUUUCACUCUGGAAGGUGUCAUUGGUGAAGGCUCUUUAAACAGGUUAGAAAACAGAUUAUCUUUUAAUUUAAAAAUGGGCAUUCCAGAUGGAUUUGGACUUCACAUCUGAAUUACAUGAAAAGCAGAAGAGGGAUUGAAGCCUUGUUUGUGGAAAUUGCCUUCCAAAGGAAUUAGCUUUCUUGUGCUUUUUCAUUACAGGAAGUGAUCAGGAACUUGGUGAAGAGAUAUAUUGCAGCAAUGAUAAGAAAUUCAAAAACCAAUGAAGGAUUAACCGAAGAAAACUUUAAGGUAAUGAUAUGAUACUGUCAUUCCCCACUUAGUGUAUUAUGGCAGGCGCAACAUAAAAAUUGUUUGACAUUGUAAAUAUUUGCAGCAUGUUCCUAUGCAUAUCAACUCAGGUGUUAAGUCCCACUGAGUCUUAUUAGACUCGCUCCUAGAUUAUUGGGUAUUGUCACUUAAAUGUCUUCCAUUUUUUAUUAUAUUUGUUAGAUGGGUUUCUCACAGCAGGACCCAAACUGACUCCUCAGCUAAGAAAAUCCAAUGAAAAGAUUAAAAAACAACAACAGAUGAACAGGGGGAGAAAGAUUAGGAUUUACCAAUCCCAUCCCUUUAAAAGAGGCCUUCAAAAUAAGAACCAAAAAUCUGUGUAAAGAGAAAAGUAUUUGCCUGGGGAGAUAAAUCCUGGGGUAUAGGAGGAAUAGGGAACCUGAUGGGAACAGGCAGCACCUUAGCAGGCUCUUAGGAACAUAGGAAGCUGCCUCCCACCCAGUCAGAUCAUUGGUUUAUCCAGCUCAGACUGCCAGCAGUUCUCCAGUGUUUCAGUCUCACCUGGCUUGUUUGGGAUGCAAUGCAUGUUCUCUGCCACCACAUCACAGCCCUUCUUCCUAGUACCUUUCAGGGCUGGCUCCAAUAUUGCCAUAGGCUUGUGUAUGCUUUACCACCUACUAGAACCAAGCGGUGGCUAUGGGGAGGAGGCAAGGAAGGCCCUGUGAAAAUGUUAAGUGCUGAUCAUGGUUUGUGUGCAUGUGUGUGUGUGUGUUCUUCUAAAUGUUAAUCUCCUCCCAUCAGCUCACAACCUGUGAAAAAUUAAAUGGUUUGGGGAUACUAAGGUUGCAGAUACCAUCUCACAAGAAGGUUGGUUUUAUGCAAUGUAGAAACUGGGCAUUUAGUGUGGUGGUACCUAACUUUUGGAACUUUCUCCCAUUACACAUCAGACAGGUGCUGUCUCUUAUUAUCUUUUUGGUGCCACCUUUUCCACAAGCCUUUUUCAGUUGAGAUUUUUAUCCAGUCUGUUUCUGAAAUUGUGAGACAUCUUUGCUGGUCCCAGGUACUCUAUCCUCCCCAGCAAGAUUUGUGCAUGAAAGACUAAGGAAGUGCAUGGUUAAUGUUUAGAUGAAGGGGCUAAAUCAUAUUGCAGAUUUUCUUUUCCUCAACAAAAACUGCUGAACUUCUGUUCCUGAUUCUAAAUAAUGAAAAAGAUUUGUUUGCAAUUCUUGUACACAGUGAUGUGGAAAAAUUCAUUUGCAUAACUUUGAACUUUGCAUAGCUUCUCUCAGGAGAGUUCAACCUCUCUCCAUUCCCCCACCCCCGUGACAGAUAAAUCAUUAGAGUUUAACUCAUUUUUUCCCUUCCCUGUCUCUCACCCUAGGAAUUAAAGCAGGAUAUCUCUAGUUUCCGGUAUGAAGUCCUUGACCUCUUAGGCAACCGAAAACCCCAGCGGAGAAGCUAUUCCACCAGCAGCACAGAAGUCUCCCAGAAGGAUGACGCUAAUGAGGACACUGUUGGAGAAACAUCCAAAGCGAAGAGCGUUCCUUUUGGCACAGCCAACAAGAAGAAAGAUUUCAACGUGUCGGCUCUGAUUAAGACUAUGUCUGGGUUCGAAAUGGUCAACGAGAAGCCCAAAAGCAAUGGGAUCAACAAGCGCUCCUUCAUCCGCAAUGGAAACAGGGUCCAAAGGCUCUCUAGCUCCAAGAAAGAGUCCUUCAAGCGACUGGGCCUCCUUUUUUCCAAGAUGAAUGGCCACCUCCCAGAGCCAAACUCAGAGCCCAUGUACACCAUCUCCGAUGGGGUCAUCCAGCCACACCUCAUGUGGCAAGACAUUAAGUAUUCUCAGAUGGCUAAAGAGCGAGACGAGAACUGCUCCAAGAGUGAAAUUAACCUCAAUGAGGUGGACUACAGUAGGAACGUCAGACAUACGGGACAGAGCCAGUGCCCUGCGGUUUGUUCCAGUUCCCUUCACUGUGCUUCCAGCAUCUGCACCUCUAAUUCCAAACUCAUAGACUCCUCUGAGGACGUUUUUGACUCGUGGGGAGACGCCUGUGAUUUGUUUAGGAACCAAUGGAAAGAUGGACAGGAGGAACAGGUUACCACUCGCCUAUAA